CGGAGCAUUCUGGGAGGAGGAAGUGCUGCUGGUUUCCGCUGUAAACAAACUAGGUUGCGAGCUGCCUGUGUCCGUGUGGGAAUAACUGGGCUUCUACAGGUGUAACCCCGGCGGUUGGAGACAUGGAUAUUCUGAGAGCGGAAAUUGCCCGCAAGAGAAAGCAGGUGGAGGAGAAGGAGCUGCUCGGGGUGAGUGCUGGCAGCCAGGGUGCACUCUGCAGGCUCUAGCAGGCUCGUGUAAUAGAUUGACAUGUACCCCAUUCAUGGAGAGCUGAGGGAGGGCUUCCUUAAUAUUAUGCUGUGCAGCCAUAGUGGGUUUAUGAUCUAAGGAAGGUAGGGAGGCGUGUUUUGAUGCUUUGUUUUUCACACAGCUGCAGUAAUUAAAUUAUUAGCAGUUUUUGGAAAUGCUUCAGCAGCACACUCAUCGACUUCAAGUAAAAAAAAUGUAAGAUGCAAGUGAAGUGUUUACUUUUUUUUAUGUGCACAACGUUGAAGAGAGUGAACCAGUAAAAUUUUUCUGCCAUUUGGAUCAGUGAUAUUUACUAGUGUGACUUUUAUACAUUUUUAGGCUGAAAUUGUGAAUUUUUAAGAUUGUGGCUCACAAUUUUAAACUAUCUCAGAAUUCAGCACAGUUCAAAAUUUUAGUAAAUAACCUUGUUAUAUUAGCAUAAUAUGUGUGCUCCCAGUCUCAUGAUGUCAUGUUUCAUCAUAACCCAUUUUAUAUUUAGGGUUAUACAAUUUAAAUAUUGUUAAGUCAUAAGUAUAUUUUGUUUACCGUUUGCAUUGUUUACAGCAGGGUUUUCCAAACUCUGGCCCUCCAGAUGUUGAUGAACUACAACUCCCAUGAUUCUCUGGCUUUCUGUUCGAUUUAAAGCAUCAUGGGAGUUGUAGUGCAGCAACAUCUGGAGGACCAGAGUUUGGAGAACCCUGGUACACUAAUCUCAGUUGCUGUGAGCUGCUUAGUAACAUGCAUUCCACAACUCCAAUUUUGUCUUGCAGGAUGGUAAAAAAUAUUUUAAGCGCAGUGAACUUGCCGAAAAAGAAAAGGAAGCCUAUUUUGAAAGAUGUGGUUUUAAGGUACUGAAAUUACUUUUUCACCUCUACUCUAUUGCAGUCAAGUUAAUUUUUUUUUUUUUUUUUUUAGACUUCUGCAUAUUCAACUAACCAAUUCUCUUUGUUCAAUCUGUCACUUUCAUUAGCUCAAUGAGCAGACACAAGGAAAGGUAUGAUUGCUCAAAGAAUUAGAAAUGCAUGUGCAUAUAUUUUAGUUAUUAUUUCUGUGUGUGCGUAAGCAGACUCAUUUUGAGACCGCUUUAGUAAUGUCUCUUUUUCCUGUCACUCAGCAUAAGGUGUGAGGCAUGAAAUGGAUUGGAAUGCUACAAGAAUUUUCUUGAACACUGGAUCUACCGUUUUAGGUUAAAUAUUGGUUUAAUAUACCGUUCAUAUGCUGUCAUCAUGUUUGACUGAUAACUUCUUCAUUGUAGAUAUUCACUGACUUUAUAUAUACCGAUUAAGUUACUGACCUGUUAAAUGUUUUGUUUUCUUCUAAAUGUGUACAUUAUCAACACUUUAUCUAUAAAAAUCAACUACUGACUUCAAAAGGGAACAUCAUAAGGAGGGGAUCUUUAUACUUUUUGCUUUCCAACACUUGAUUCCUAGUUAGCAGUAUAUGCACCAUAGUUCCCACAGACAGGUAGUACACACCAAAUGCCUUUUUUAUUCACUCUGAUGGGCAGCAGGCAAGACGACGGUCUGAGGCCUACCUCGUCUCUCAGCUGACUCGAGCUCCGCAAUUCGCAUCAGGAUUGUCACAAGAGGACCUAACUCCCUUAGUAUCAGACGGUACUUACCUGGUGCCCAACACACACAAACUCAAUAAGGCAAAGAUACCAAUGGUCACACAUAAAGAAAUUAGAGACUUUGGAAACAUGUUCCAGCAUCAUUCUACCUACAAGAUGGCAGCUCAAGCGAAGCAAGAGCCUACUCCUGCAGCUCAAAGAUUCAGACUGAGGAACCAGCUGUGGUGACUCAGUCACCAGGGCCUGCGCUUGCAGUACUACAGGGGGGUGAUAAUAAGCUUUGGCCACGAAGCAGGAUAUCCACAACUUGCUACAAGACAGUAAGGAUCUCUUUGCAGCAGAUUUAGAGAUGGUCAACCUUCAAGCAGUGACAGGCUGCAGGCUACUGAGGAGAACAUAAAUGACUUGCAUCAGGAGGUGACCAUUAUGAGAGACACUCUGACAUAAGUCUAGAUUUUACCAUCUGCCCUAAAUACACAGGUGGACCUGCUCAAUGAACAUAGCCAGGGGUUUACAAGACACCAUUUCUGCUUCCCUUUUACUGUCAAUAGAGGCCAAAAAAUCGCUUUUUAUGUGUUCAAUCUCAUUAACAAAUCACCUAAAACUCCCCUAACAGCAUCUAGAGAUGUUAUUGUUCGAUGUCAAUCACUCACUGCUAGAGGUUGUAUCCUAAUAUUGCUAUGGGGCAAAACAUCAUAUGCCUUUAAAUCCUCACAGCUCACUUUUUUUUUCCCAAGACCUCCACAGGUCAACUCUAAAGAAUCUUGUCAUUGCUUGUUAACACUGACGCAGGUGUGGAGUACAGGUCGUCUGAACUACACACUUUAACAUUGGACAGACAUUGGAGAUUUAUGCUAACCAGUGCACUUUAAGAUCAUUAUAUUUUUUGAGGCACAUUUGUUCUCUGUCUCUUUCUCUUAAUAUAAGAGAAGCCAGUAUACCAUGACAGUCCAUGCUUUUGUUAAGUCAUGACAUAUGUUAUGUGACAAGCUAACUAAUUUAGUUUUCUUGUAUUAUAAAUACAUGUGUAUAAAUGCCAAUAUACUCACAGUGAUGCCUGUUACACAUAUGCCUCAAGAAAAUAUUGAUUGACAAAAAAUAAAUAAAAAUCUUUAGUAGUGAAGAUCCAUUUUAGUGGUGCAAUCUGAUUAAAGAGAAUUUGUCUGGCAGAAGUGUGCCAUAAUUCAUGCUUUUAACAUUCCAUAUAUCUUCUGUCCAAACAUUUGAACUACAUCUUUACAAACUGUGUGGCAGGACACGUUAGUGUGUUGGCUGCACAGUCUAAGUGUGCUCUGUGAAUGAGGUGUCCGAUCGGAAGGGGGGCACAUUCCACUGCCCUCUCCUCCUACUGGUCACUCCAUGUAGUGUGGCUGUGGAGGCGGACCGCUUCUGUUUCCCCUACUCAUUCUGACAGAAACAGUUCUGUGCUCUCUGUGAACACUUCCUGUCAGACCGGGUAGGGGAAGCAGAAGCUGCUCUACCACAGUCCGCCUGCUUAGCCACGCUACACAAUUCUAUCCUAUGGGGAUUCAGCAGACGCCUGAUGUCCUCAUGCACAGUGUGAGGACGUCCAGCAUCAGUUAGGUGACUUUUGGUCGCCUAACCACCCUGAAGUCCCUCUAUUGGCUGUCUGGUAGACCAUCACUAGAGGUGGAGUUAACCCCUCAAGUAAUUAUUGCAGUUUCUGAGAAACUGCAAUAAUUACAUUUGCAGGGUUACAGAGAUUGAGACACUGCACCCAGACCACUUCAAAGAGCUGGUGUGGUCUGGGCUCCUAUAAUGUCUCCUUAAGCACACACUCUAGAAAAAACAGAAAAUAAUCUCUCCCUAAGUAUAGAGUUAUAUAUUUUUUGGUUUGUCCUUGUUUAUGAAGAUUAAUUAAAUUAUGGUUUUUAUCAGUAAUAGGUAACUCUGAAAUAUCCUAUCUGUGUAUCCAGGACUUUUUUUGCCCUAGGAUCACUCUCUCUUUUGUUAAGCACACACUCUGACACACACACUGGCAGAUACACACAGACGUCACUGACACUCAGACACACCGAUUUGACACACAUUUGUUAACAGACGCACAUUGGCAGAUACACUCUUACAGUCACACACACACUCAAUGACAAACACAGACUCACUGAUUUGACACACGCACAUUCACUGACACACUCACUCAUUCAUUGACAGACAGCCUGACGCACACACUGACACUCAUUGUCAGACACACUGAUAGUCACACAAUCAGAGACUCUCACUGAUUUGACACAAACACAUGCACUAACAGACACUCACACACACAUAUUCACAGACAUAAACACACACACAUACACUCACAGAUAUACAGACACCUUAUUAAUGUAAUUAAAAUAUAAUUAAAAUUUUUCCACACAGCCUCCCUACCUGGAGAGCUGGCGUGGAUCCGUCCCUGGGGUCCAGUGGGGCUACUGUGAGGUGGGUGGCUUACCAUCUGUGGCGGCAAGGGAGCUGUGAUCUCUCUGCUUUGCACCCUCGCAGGCUGUCUACCGAUGCUGGGAGCCGGAAUGAUGUCAUCAGUAAAUGGCGCGCGAGCAGAGCAGAGCAGAGAGAUCACUGCUUCCUCGCCGCCUCGGUUUGGUAAGCCACCCGCCGGAGGGAGGGGGGUCUCUAUCAGCAGGUCAGCUCUUGGCCCUCCCCAUGAUAGGGGAUUCACAGGGGAUGCCUUGGUGGGUGUUUGGGGGCGACCUUUUUUGCCGCCCCCUAAAUAGUGCCGACCAAGGCAAAUGCCUAGUUUGCCUUGGGCUAAAUAGAUCCCUGGGGGGAGGGGACGUAAGAAGGGCACAGGAGGGGAGGAGUGACCGAAGAAGGGCACAUGUUGGGGGGAAAGAAGAGUGGCAAAAGAUGGAGAAAAUGGGGCCCUCAGAAGGAUGAAGGGGUCACAAAGAGGUACACAGAGGGACUGAGGGUUCACAAUGAGACUCACGGAGGGACUGAGGGUUCACAAUGAGACUCACGGAGGGACUGAGGGGUCACAAUGAGACUCACAGAGGGAAUGAGGGGUCACAAUGAGACUCACGAAGGGACUGAGGGGUCACAAUGAGACUCACAGAGGGGGACACAGCAGCCAGCCAAACAGCAACAGUAAAUACAGAGAGAAGAGCCAACAUGGGAUGGGUAUGGUAUAUUACUAUAUUGUGAAUAGGGGACAGUGUGUUAGUUGAGGGAUCAUGCAUGUAUUGUGCAUGUGGAAUUAGGUCAAAACCGCUGAUUACUUGUCACUUCUGGUGACGUGUUCAAGAAAUAAAACACCGUCUCGACUGCCGCAGUGUCGUGAAAUGAUGCAUGUCUAAAAAGUGAGUGUCACCAACAUGAAAAGUUUAGAAAACUCUGAUUUAAACAAUAGCUUAAAGGGACACUUUUAAGCACCAAAACAACUUUAGCUUAAUUACUCAAUUUUAAUUUAUUGAUCAUACAGUUGCUCAAUUAGCUGGCUUAAGCUUGUUUAUGUGUUUAGCGUACAAUGCAUGGGAAUAUAGUAUGGAGGGUAUGUCCAGGUGCACACACAUUUUUGCAACACUUUCUAAGCUGUUGCCUGAGUUUAUACAAGUGUACUUGGAGCAUCAUGGUAGCUCUUUAAGCUGAAAGUACUGCUUAUGUAAGUGAGAGAUGCCGGUGAUGCAUAACCGUAAUUCUCCUCUGUAAAGGAACACAUUAAUGUUAAACAUAAGUAUAUUUGUUUUUAACCUUUGGCAUUCCUUGUUGUAGAUCCAGGGUUCUCCAGUGAAAUUAAAAUAAAAGUCCAGUCCAGUCUCCUCUGCAGCCAUUCAGCUUCCUCAUCAGUGCUGAUGAUGUCAGUCAAAGCCAAUGCUUCUCGUAGAGCAGGUGGCAUACAGCUUUCAGAGACUUUUCUCUGUCUAAUGUAGAUUGGCGUUUCUCAAAUAACAUUUUAAAUUGCCUAAGAAGAGACCUUAUGUAUGCAUCAAAACACUACAUUAAGAUGUGGUGGUUUUGGUGCUUGCAGUGUACCUUUUAAGAAGCAACAGCUAUAGUUGUCACUGAAAUUCACACUGAUAUUGAAGAGAGAAAUUCAAAUGAAAACAUUUUGCUCUCCUUAUUUCAGCAUGUAAAGGUAAUAAAAUAAUUUGUAUCAUUAGUAGUUAUUGAUGACAUGUUGAAAAUUGACUGGUAUCUAGAAGUGUGCUGAAAUAAUCCACUUUCUUAUAUAUGUUUACAUGUACAUUUUCUUGCUGAUCUUGUCCAGGUAAACUGCACAUUAACAAUCUAAAUUUUUUUUCCCUCAGACAGUAUUUGAAAUGUAUUAAACUUGGCGAAGGCUUGUGAAUCAAUUUUUGUAUAUUUCAGAUAUCUGUAAAAGUUUUGAGAUUAAGUUUAAUUCGAUGAUUGGAUGCUUACAUUCAAUUAUACCCCAUACUUUAGGCUCAAUUUAGACAUGAUUGAAUUUAAUUCAUUAUUAAAUUUGUGCGUGCAGUCCAUUAUCCUCUGUAUUUUUGUGAUUUGCCUGUAAUCUCACAGUACAGCUAUUGCUGCUUCCCUUGUUAUUGAGUUAAAGGACCACUAUAGGCACCCAGAACACUUCAGCUCAAUUAAGUGGUCUUGGUGCCAGGUCCAUCUAGUGUAAGCCCUGCAGCUGUAAACAUAGCAGUUUCAGAGAAACUGUAAUGUUUACACUAGGGUUAAUCCAGCCUCCACGCUUUUCACUGUGAACAUCACGGUGAGAAGAUGCUGACGUCCAUAGGAAAGCAUUGAGUAAUGCUUUUCUAUGGACUGUUUGAAUGCGCGCACAGCUCUUGCCGUGCAUGUGCAUUCAAAGCUGACGUCGGGAGAGGGAGGAGAGUUUCCCAGCGCCGAGGGAGCCCGGCGCUGGAGAAAUGUAAGUGUUUAACCCCUUCAGCUCAGCGGAAGUGGCACCCUGAGGGUGGGGGGGGGGGGGCCUAAAUAACCCUAUAGUGCCAGGAAAACAAGUUUGCUUUCCUGGAACUAUAGUGGUUCUUUAAAGUGAUAGUCAUGAAUAAACAUAAGUCUGCCCUUUGUGCCCAAUGAGCUGCCUAAUAAAAAUGUAUAACCAAGAGAUAGUUAAACAGAAUGAUAGUUGUUUUUUUCGUCUGGUGGAGAAGGCUGCCGUGUUUUGAUCUCUGUAGGGGAAAAGACCUUGAGAAGCUCUUAAAGGGAUACUAUAAGUGCCAGGAAUAUAGCUCCCUCUGCCUCCUCCUCCUUUAUUUACUUACCUGAUGUCCCUCUGUGUUGGGUCGCAGCUCUGCCGCCUCCUCCGCAAGACAGUAAUUGGAGGCAGAAUUAUUGCUGCAAUGUAAACGUUGCAGUUUCUCUGUAACUGCAAUGUUUACCAUUAUAGCACUAAGUGCAAUAGGGACACUAACACACUGCACCCAGACCACUUCACUGAGCUCAAGUGGUGUGAUUGCAUAUAAUGUCCCUUUAAGAAGUUAGAUUACCUUUCAUUGAGUCAGCUGCUACAUGCUUUGUACAGUAAUACUUUGCACUUAAAGGGACACUAUAGGGUCAGGUACACAAACAUGUAUUCCUGACCCUAUAGUGUUAAAACCACCAUCUGCCCCCUCCCCCCUUGCCUCCCUAAAUAUAUUAAAACCUUGUAUUCAAAUCUGCAGCUGCUGCCUCUGCCCCUGAUCUGCCUGCAUGACUGAUGUUAUCAGAAGUGAUUCUUCAGCAUAUCACAAUGCUUUCCCAGAGGAUUGGCUGAGACUGUCAAGGAGGCAGAUCAGGGGCAGAGCCAGCACAAGUAAAACACAGCCCUGCUCAAUCAGUAUCUCCUCAUAGAGAUUAAUUGAAUAAAUACAUAUAUAUGGGCAAAGUACAGUAUCUCCAUGCAGAGGGUGGAGACGCUGAAUGGCAGUGAUGCACAAUGUGCAGCACUGCCCCAGAAAGCACCUCUUGUAGCCAUCUGAGGAGUGGCCAAUGGAGUUAUCCCUAGGCUGUAAUGUAAACAUUGUAUUUUCUCUGAAAAGACCGUAUUUACUGCAAAAAGCCUGAAGGGAAAGAUUCUACUUACCAGCACAAAUACAAUAAGCAGUAGUUGUUCUGGUGACUAUAGUGUCCCUUUAAAGUUUGUAAAACGGUUGCAUUAUCUUCUGUGCAGUGAUUAAAGGGACACCUGAACAACUUCAGCUUAAUGAGGUUGUUCAGGUGAGAACUAUAGCUCCCUGCAGCCAUUAAACACUGUAUUUUGUGAGAAAAUACAGUGUUUACAUUGAAAGCUAGGAACAGCUCCAGUUACAGUCACUCAGAGUGAACCAGAGGGACUUCAGAGUUGAUGGAGGCAUAAUAUGCCUACAUCCACUCAGAUCUGCUUUCAGCAGAGCACAGGGCAGCACUGUGCACAGCAUCCUGUGAUUCAGUAUCUCCUCCCUCUGCAUGCAGACACUGAACUUUCCUCAUAGAGAUUCAUUGAUUCAAUUCAUCUCUAUGAGAUGUUGAUUGGCCAGGGCUGUGUUUGAAUCAUGCUGGCUCAGCCCCUGAUCUGCCUCCUUGUCAGUCUCAGCCAAUUCUAUGGGGAAGCACUGUGAUUGGAUCAGGCUACCAUGUCAGCAGACUGCUUGUUUUUCUGAGUCUAACAGUAUGAAGAUUUACAGCUUCAGACUUGAAUACAGUAAGAUUUUGCUAUAUUUAUGGAGGCAUGAGGGGCCCAGGGGGGCUAGAUGGUGGUGUUAACACUAUAGGGUCAGGAAUACAUGUUCGUGUUCCUGACCCUAUAUUGAUCCUUUAAGUGUCUGAAAAAGAUUAUAAACUGAGAAAAAAAAUAAUAAAAUGUAUGUCAGAAGAUCUACCUUGCCUGCUGUGGUUUCUCAGAAAUCAGGAGUUGUAGGCACUCUCUUUGUGAAUUGCAGUUUACAAUAAGAAGUCAACUUCCACCAAUACAGUGGAUAAACAUACCCCAUCCCCCCUGAAAUAAAACACUAAAAAAGCAAGUAAAAUAGUUAACUUUAUUGCAAAAUUAAAAUAAACACAAUUAUUGCAUGGCAAAAUAAAGUCCACAACCACACUAGAAAAGAGUUGCCUAUUGUGAUUCUUACCUAAAGCACUUUUAGCUUAUGGGAACUACACUUGCCAUGUGAAAUGCAUUGAGUUGCUCUAUUUUGAAUGUGAUAGUGGGCUCUUCCAGCUUGCAGUGGUUUUGUAUGUUCUUUCCAUUGCAAUAAAUGCCAAUAUUUUUGUUAUGCUUUUUGGAGUUAGUUUGGAAGGGGGUGGGGGGAGGUAUUUCCCUACCUUUAGGCAAAAGUAUGACUUCUUAUUGUGAGCUGAACUGCCACACUAUAGUUUUUAUAAAUUAUAUUUAUUUAUUUCCUCAAUAUCCUUUUCUAAAUCUUAUUUUCAUUUUUGAUUGCUGUAAUUCAUCAGUGUAAGCACAUGAAUAUGAAAAGGGAACGUGAUGCAUGAUUUCUGCUGUAGCCACACUCUUGGGUCAGUGCUCAGCUUGCUUUCUGAUACUUGCUGAUCCCUUUUCACCGUGUUUGUACAUUUUCCUGAACAUACACUAGACUAGAGCCUUAUAAAUCCAAAUGGUACCUUGCUGUGGUAUGACGAAUUUAGAAAAUCAAGUUAAUUCACUACAUUUAAGUUUAUUGUAUUAAAGUCUUCAUAUAAAUUUUAUCUGUACUGAUGGCUCAGCUGUUCAAGAAAUUGUACAGGUGCCAAUUGGAUGCUUGCAUGAUGAGAUGGCCAUAAUUAAUUUUACUCUGGUAUGUUUGAACUUUAAGCAGUGUUCUACAUCCUCUAUAGAUGUGGCUUUCUCAAUAUUUGUGUUUUGUCCAUUUAGGUGCAGAACCAAGAAGAGGAGGAGAGGCCUUCAACAUCAAGUAAUCCAGUGCUGGAACUGGAGCUCUCAGAAGAGAAGUUGCCGAUGACCCUAUCAAGGCAGGAGGUGAGAGGUUACUUUUAUGUGUGAUAAGUGACAGCUUGCAGAAGAUAUGAUAUUAUAUUUAGUCUGUAAAAUGGUAUCAGAAGUAAAGUUUUCAGGUUUUGUGUAAAAAAAUAAUAUAUAUAUAUAUAUAUAUAUAUAUAUAUAUAUAAAUAAUUUUUCUCAUCAAGUAUCUACAGUUCCUUUUUACUACUAGAGCAUGAUUUAGUUUUUCUAUUUCUAUUCUGCAUUCGUUUUAGUUAUUUUAAAAUGGUAAUGAAUUUAUUCUAUAACCUUUCGAAUACAUAACCAACCAAUGUCUUCUGAUGUGCGGUAAUUGCUUAGUACAUAAUGAGUACUCUUCUUGGUUUUAAGAGAACAAAGUAAUGUGUUGGACUAGUGAAUUAAUGUACAAAUCUUAAAGGAACACUAUAGGGUCAGGAACACAAACAUGUAUUUCAUGUUUAAAACCACCUUCUAGGGGGUGGAGCCUAACAGCGGAGCUGAGCGGUCGCAACUUACCGGAGCUCCGGCUACACCGCGGCGAUUUUGGGGUAAACACCGCUUGGACCAAGCUGUUUCACAACCGGUCCAACCACGUGCAGCUGGGGAGUCACCCGGAGACUGCCUGGAGUAGCAACAGCAGCGCUAGCUCCAACACUUGAGUCUGCAGCACGAGUUGGGGCCUACCACAUGCGGGCAGGCGGGAAGUGGCCAUUCCCCCUGCUAAGGUACUGGGUGACUCAGCUCCCACAGUAGACCCCACCAGAGACUUGCCCUCCCCCCCCCCCUGACGGAGAGGGAGAGCCCGGUAUCACACACAUACCCACAGAAGAUAUGGGGCGCAAGCAUAAGAGACAGUUCCAGACAGACAGGCCUGCAGUGCAGGAUAUUAGACUAUCCUUUGGGAGGGCACCCCAGCAAACACCCACAAGGGCGGCAGCUGAGCAAUACAGUGAGCAAGAUGCCUCUGAUGACUCCCCUGAAGAGGAGGAAUCUAUCAUCUCUCCUCACCCAGCUGGAGUGUACCAGCGAACUAACUCAGAUGAGGACUCAUCCCCCUCCACAAAGGGAGAUAUUAAAAAACUACUCCUAGAUCUGAGAACAAUGUGGAAGUCCGACCUCCAGGAAACACAAACUGACAUCAAGGCUCUGCAGCAUGAGAUGUCUGCAAUGGAGAGCAGAGAACAAGCCAGAGACACUCAGCUCCAGACCACUACACAAAAAGUGGAGGGUCUCACCUCACAAGUUAAACAAAUAAGCAAAAUGGUGCUCACACUCGAGUCCAGACACAGGCGUCGGAAUGUGCGUCUGAGAGGUCUACCUGAACAGGUUGAGGGGGGGGACACACUGCGAUAUGUUCAAAAGCUGUUUACCUCAAUGGGCGUUCAUAGCCCCACAGACACCCCUUGCAUCCUGGCCGCCUUCCGAGUACGCAAAUCUGUAGCGGCACCAGCAGACGCACCGAGAGACGUCAUUGUGACAACCAAAGACAUCGCGGUGAGGACUGCUGUUAUGACUAAAUCCAGAUCUAUGGGCCAAGUGAGUUUUGAGGGCCAUAACCUCUUCAUCUACAGUGACCUCCCAUUUGCCGUCCUGGCGGAAAGAAGACAGCUGGCCCCAGUGGCUAGGAGGCUGCGGGACUGCUCUAUCAGAUAUCGCUGGAAUGCGGAUGGCUCUCUGGCCGUCACACAAGGCACAGAAACAUUCACCCUAACCUCUUCGGAUAACCCAGAGACUCUCUUUAACAAACUAGGCCGACCAGCCGCCAAUAUGCCAAAAGAGACAAACCGAGAGGAAGCAACACAUGAGAAAAAGGCCGUGGGGAGAGCGAAACAACAGAGCAGUCCGACCAAGAGACACCUGCCUAACACCAGGGACAGUUCUGGAACGCCAUAAAUGUUAUCAAGGAACUGUCGGAGUGCUAUUUCCUUCAAUGCUGCCAUGUUCUAUAAUUUUCUUGUUUUUACAUAUAUAUAUAUAUAUAUAUAUAUAUAUAUAUAUAUGUGUAUAACUUUUUAUUUCUUAUGUAACGUUUUAAGCUCUGCGGGCACCUACCGCUCGCUGAUGCGCUAUAUCAUUAUACAUGACCUAUAGAGGAGCACAAAUACUGCUGAUGUCUCUACAUGUGACCUUUCUCCUCUGUCUUUCUCCCCCUUUUUUUUCUUGGGUCAUGUUGAACCCUAACGUGCCUUAAAAUAAUCUCCAACUGUUUAUUCCUUAUAUAUAAAUGACACAGAUGUAUAUCAUGUGCAUAACCCUAAUAAAAUUCAAAUUUAAAAAAAAAUAAAACCACCUUCUAGGAAAGUAUUGGAUAGGCUGAGACUGUCAAGCGGCAGAGUAAACACAGCCCUGGCUAAUGCACAUAUCCUCAGAGAUAUUCAUCAAUGCAUUUCUAUGAGUAAAGUUCUGUGUCUCUAUGCAGAGGGUGGAGACACUGAAUGUCAGUUCUGCAUAUAGUGCCCCAGGAAGCACUUCUAGUAGCCAUCGGAGAAGUGGCCAGUGCAGUUAUCCCUAGGUUGUAAUGUAAACACUGCAUUUUCUCUGAAAAGACGGGGUUUACUGCAAAAAGCCUGAAGGGAAUGAUUAUACUCACCAGAACAAAUCCAAUAAGCUGUAGUUGUUCUGCUGACUGUAGUGUCCCUUUAAACCAGUGGUAGUCAACCUUUUUCUACCUACAGCCCACUAAUGCAUCUUUUUGGUUGAAAAAAUGUCCUUACCACCCACCAUUUUUUGCGCAAGUGCAGAAUAUUUUUUAGAAAGUAAGGUGUUUUAAAAAUAAAUAAAUGUACGUACAUUUAUCUUUUUAUUUCUACUUAAUGCAUGUUUAUAAUGUUUUUAACUUUAUAAAGUUUAAUGAGAAAACAAUAAAGUAAAUUGAAAUUACCUUUACUAGUGAUUAAUAAGAUCCUUGAGGUUGAUGCUGCAAGACUAAAUAUUUGAUAUCUGGUUCGAUUUUCGUAAGGAACAAAUAAAGGUUUCCUCUUUCAGUGAUAUUCAGACGACUUCUCUGUCUGCGCAUAAUAUGAUUUCUCAUCUGUGCGUCAGCUCCCCUCCUCUCCUUCCUCAAUUCCCCUCCCCACUUUUUUUUAUUUUUUUUAUUUUUUUAACCUUCCUUAUAGCAAUGCCCAGUAGGAAGGCUGAGCUAGGUAUCCCACUUACUGUUACUUACUAUAGCCCACUAUAACAGACAGGCAUACAUACAUACAUACAUACAGACAGACAGACAGACAGACAGGCACACACACAAGACACAUGCAUACAGACACACACAUACAAAGACACACACAAAGACACAUACACACAGACAGACACAAGACACACAUACAUACGACACACAUACAAAGACACAUACACAUAACACAUACAUACAAAGACAAGACACACAUAUAUACAGACAGGCACACAUACACGACACAUACAAAGACAAAUACAUAAGACACACAUACAUACACACACAUACAGACACACACACGAGACAUACAUACAAAGACACAUACACACAACACAUACAUACAAAGACAAGACACAUAUAUACAGACAGACACACACACACAAGACACAUACAAAGACAAAUACAUAAGACACACAUACAUACACACACAGACAGACAGACACACACAAGACAUACAUACAAAGACACAUACACAAACAAACACACACAUUAAAUUUAAGUCACCCUCCUGUUUCCUACCUUUAAGGUGCAGGAGGGUGACUUUCUCUGGGGUCCAGUGGUGGCUCAGAUGGAUGGGAGUCAGAGUUCCCACUCCGACUCCCUCCUCCUUCCUACCGCGCGGUCUGUAUGUUAGCUGGGAGGAGUGACGUGCAGUCACUUCCUCCCAGCUCUGUGAUGUAAUCACAGGGAGCCCGUUCGCGCUGUUAAAGCGCCCAGCGCUGACCGGGCCCCCUUACAAUCCACAUCCAUCGGGUGGCCCUGACAGCAUGGGCCACCCGAUGGACCCCUCCAUAUGCGGCCCCGUCGGUUUGCCGCGCGGGCCGGGGCCGCAAGUGGUGAUGGUGGUACCCGGUCGCAGGCGUACCGCCGGCUCGCGCCCGCUCAAUCUGUCAAAAUUAGAAAAUCCCUACCGCCCACCUGGAAUCCUGAAACGCCCACAAGUGGGCGAUAGGGACCAGGUUGACGACCCAUGCUUUAAACAGUCAAACAUAUCCCAUGUUAACCCUCAAUGGGCUAGUACAUAUAAACAGGGAAUAUAUCGACUUGACAAAGAUGCAAACCUCCUGUUGCAACCAAGUGGAUUGUUUUAUUAAACCAUAUUAAUCCAUCCAUUUCAGUCCACCAAGGUAACAGUGCAGUGUUUCCAUUGUAUAGACAAGUGUUUGUAUGUAUAAUAGCAGGUGCAAGUGUAUUUUCCCAUUGUCAAACUUUUACACUAUCUUGCAGAUAGAGGGGAUUGCAUAAAGAACAGUUCUGAUGCAGUGUUCUAAAACAGGGGUUCCCAAACCAGCCCUCAAGUACCCCCCACACCCCUAUUCCAGGAUUUAGGGAUUUCCCUGUUGUGUCUAAAGUGUGUUUUUAUGUUUUUUCUUUCCUUUUUAAAAAACAUCUUAGACAAAACUGGGUAAUCCCUAAAUCCUGGAAUGUUGGGGGGGUACUUGGGGACUGGAUUGGGAACCACUAAAAGAUCAGCAAUCAGUGAGAGCAUUCUAUUGGUUUACUGAGUAAAUUCUCAGUUCCCUCUCUAGAAUUGCAUUUAAAAAAAUAAAAUACAAAAAUUCAAUAUAAGUAAGCUUAGCUGUUCCCUCACCAUCUCUUUUGUAUAAUCUGUGCAUGUUUAUUGCAGGAAUGUUUAUGGGUCUCUCAAUAAAAAUCCAAAACCCCAGUUUGUCUUUGCCCUCAUUUAGAAAUAGUGCCAUUUGUGAGAUCAUAAGUCACUUCAGGAUAGGCUCUUCCUUGAACUAGUGCGGUAAGACUUGACUACUUCUAACAGAUGGAGUCAGAGAGACCAUCUGAUUGGCGCAGUGUGGUAUUUUGCUGUGCAUGCGAACUUGCAAUCCAGUGCCUUCCUAUGGGAAAACAAGGAGGCGGGACCAGGCACGGAGAGAGCACUGCGGCAUAAGAUGCAAUCUAUGUUAACUAUUGUGUAGUUAACUUAUAACCUUUAUGAGGGGACAUCAACUUUACGGUAACUAGAGCAUGCUAGCGUUAAAUUACACAUUUGUAUUCCUAACACUAUAGUGUUCCUUUUAAGUGUGAUAACUAUUUUUAAGGGGCUGUAUAUUUGGUCACUUGCCUGACCUACCAACUUCUGAUAUUUGAUCUUCUUUUGAAAUUAUCUGGAUAUAAAGUACAGAACUUUGCCUUAGGGGACUAUGCAUGGAGUGUGCAAACCAAUUCAUACAUUUGCAUUGAUUGUGGUUAUGCUGUGGAGCUAGCAAGAGCUUUCCAAGAAUAACACAGCGGUUAGUUUGUCAGCUGGGUGAAAUCACAAGGACUCUGGAAAACGACUGUUCCACGUUUUUAAUAAGUUGAAGGAUUUCCCAAAACCAGAGUAUCAAUCAGUGUUGCAUAAGAAAUGUUGGCUUACUUUAAAGUCAAAUUACUGGCUCCCUUUUAGCAAUACUUCAAACUUGUUAAUGGGGCAGAACAUGGCUCUGAUAUAAAUUAAGGCCAGUGAGAAAUUUUAUGGCUAGAAAAUGAAUAUUUUCCAUCCACAAAAAAAGGUAUUCAAAAUAAAUUAUUAACUUUUCAGUGUGUGUAACUAAUUUAAUUGUAUUUUACUGAUAUUAUUUUAACCUUGGUAAGUAUGUACUGGCCCGAUGGUAAAUAUUCAUCUAUACUUUAGCAAGUGACCUUGUUUUUAACCCCUUUGUAGCUACUAUUAAAGACAGCUCAUUGUUAUGAGUGCAGUUCUCUGAUUUUUAUGUCAAAAUGUUUUGGAAGAGUUAAAAAAACAAAAACAGGCCUCUCCCUGGCAGUGGACCCCCAAAAAAAAGGAAAACAUGUUUUUUUGUCCCUGACACUAGAGUUUCUUUGAGCAAAUCUUCUAAUCACAUUUUUAUUUUUACUAAUACAUUCUGCUAAUCUCUCAAUAUCAACAAUGACUCAUGGACGAAAUGUUAGAGCAUAGUUUUUUUGUACAAACAUUUUUACUUUAACAUUUUGUCACUUGCUGAAAGAGUAUGUCAUUUAAGUAAAUGUGCACCAAUUUUAGUUUUUACAAUAUUACAUACAAUAUAAUGCAAUAUUGUCUCUUACAACAUCUUCCAUUUAAAGCCAAGUUCAGGCUAGUCCAAUGUACUAAGCAUGCACAAAAAUGUCUUUUGAAAUGAAUCAUUCUAAAACCUCUAGUCUGUGAUGGCUACAAACGUGCAUUCCAUACGGUUUAGCAAGCUUAACUAACAGCUAGCAUUUAAGUUGUUUCUCACAGGUUGAGCCUUCUGUGGGCAUUGCUAACAAACCAAGUUGUAUGCAGGUUUCCUUUAAAGGUACUUAAACCUUGUGAAUAAAUGUAUUUAUGUAGUGUUACAAAUAACAUUUAGAAUAAUGCCAAAGUAAAAAUUAAUUAAAUAAAACUUGCCAUUAAUUCAGCGCUGCAUCUCACUGCGACAGGUUCCUAGCCUUGCUGUGAGAUUAUCAGUGAUGUGUAAGAUCUCGGGUCAGUCCAAUGCUUCUUAUAAAGAGGCAUAGGGGCCCUGUUGCGAAUGCACAGCAGUGGACAUUAUCACAGAAUUAUCAUAGUUUGUCGUUGUCAUGUUGGGUGUGAUGUCUUCACAAGGAAAUGCCUCUAGCACUUUGCUUGAUUGACAUCCACUAGAAUUAUUCAGACUGGCAAAUAUAAAGGCUGACAUUUGUCAGACUCCAGUAACAAAAUCUACACACCAAAAUCACUACAGUGCAAUGUACAGUUUUUUUGCUUAAAGUGUCUUUUUUUUUUUUAAACCUCUAAAUUUAUGAAAUUCGGAAUACUUUCUGUGUUUCUUAUUGAUCUUCCCAAAGUCUAAAUUUGUGGAAAAACACAGUAAAACUUUUGCAACUGUUUAGGUAGAGUUCUCCAUGUGUAUCAGAUUAUGAAUAAACCAAGAUCCUUACUGAGAAUUUUUUUUUUUAUGGCUUUUCUUAGGCCAAUUCUUCCUUUUGUGAAUAAUUCUAACAGGUUUAAUAUCGAGGUUUUAAUUGCUGUUAAAUUAAAAUCAAUUUUCCUUUGUCUUACUCUAACCUGAACUUCAUGUUGGCUUUAGGGUUGUGAAUGUUGGAUACUGGCCAUUUUUUAUUUCCCGCCCAUCUAUAUGGAGAAACACCUGUGUAAACAUCUGGGUCACUCAAUAAGGGGUCCUACGGGAUAUAUUCUGUGCUUUGAAACACACAUCCUUAUAGUUCUGUGAAGUUACAUUUAGAUGUAGGACACCUUUUUAAACAUCUUAAACAUUUUUAACCAUUCUGAAGCCUGGAACACAAACUUUAUUCAGUUUAGGUAAUUUAUUUUAAAAUCUCAGUUUAUAGCCGUGUGAGACAGUGUGUUCUAAAGAAUUUCAGUUAAAGUCUGCAGAGGUUUCUCUUGGCUCCGUCUGUAGCAGGUGUCAUUACUUUUUCAUCAAGAACUGCUUCACAUAUCUGAAAUAAAAACUGACUGCUUUACCAUCUUUAAAAAAGAACUUGCCUUUCUGCAUUGUUUUGCACUCUGUGUCGAUUUGGUUUGGCAACGAAAUGUUUCCCUCUCUGAGCUUGCGAGAGAGAGAGUUCUUUUAAUUUACAGUGACAGAGCUCCACUUGUACAAACAUACUCACAAAGUUAGAGAAUUGCAAUGGGAUUUUGAGAGAGCUUUAUUUAUAUAUUUGUUUGCAAUUCUAUAUUUUGUUGCAAGUAAUUUUAUAUUUUAGAAAUUUGCAAAUGCAUUACAGAAUAUAUCUAGUGGCACAUGUCUACUUAAAAUAGUCUCUGCUGAUAAUAAAUGGGUUUCAAAUAUAUAUUUUUUUUAAUUGUUCCCAAUAUCCUUUCAGCUGUACCCAUUUACCUAUCUGUAGAAUUGCCAUACACUCCUUGCACUUCAUGUGUGUAUUGCCUAUACCUUUUAUUGUCAUCUGUCUUCUAGAUCAGUGGUUCCUAACAUGUGCUUCAAACUACAGGUGGGCACUAAUAACUUUUAUGUUUUCAUAAUCCUUUUAAGGCUCUGUGCCACUCUACGGACCGAUCAGAAGAUCUAAAAUGGACAGAACUGCUGUGAUGAGCAUUACAAGGGAGCAGACCAUCUGUGCCUUGUCAAGUGGUGCAAAAGUGUCCAGAGCUCCAUUGCAGUCUAGCAGUGUUAAUAGGUAAAGGCUAUAAGCCAUGUAACAUCAUGACUGAUCUCACUAAUUCAAGCAUCAUAGCUGCAAGGGAGAAUUGAAAGCGGUCUGUAGUUUGAGAAGAUGAGGGUAGAUGCAAUUUUGGAGCGGAAAACUGGUUACAACCCAGCUAAACAACCCCUCACCCUAUACAGGAAAACAAAACCGACAAAGGCCUUCCAAGCCGAGAUAUGGGGGAGCGGCUGCGACUCUCGCAAGCCCCUCUGUGGGACAAAAUGGCGCUGGUGGGUGAAGGAUCUUUGUACUCCUCAGAAGACGAGGCAUUCGAUUAUAGGAGAAGGGGCAAUGUGUGCUUCAUUAGUCAGACCCAAGCACCAGCAAGCCGCCACUGAACAGCUACUCAAUUGAAGAGCAUGCUAGCAGAAUUACAAAUGAACAUCGCGGCUGACAUGGCUGGCAUUAAAGAUGCUAUAGAAGGUGUCACCUCAAGGAUCACCCUGCUGGUGACCUCAUCAAGUUCCCAAGACCAAAGAAUUAACUCCAAGCAGGUUAAAAUAGCUGAGAACCAGCAACAACAAACAGCCACCAACAACAAGGAAGACACCUUUGAAGAUCAACAGAGGCGUUCUAACCUCAAAAUCUGCAGACUUUCCUCACUUUGUCAGAUGCAUGAUAGGCACCUUGUUGCCACCCAAAUAGGGCAAGGCAGUAAGGCUAGACGGCACAUUCAGACUGCCGAAGCAAUCCACAGCGCCAGCAUCCGCUCACAUAGACCUGAUAGUCCGAUUCCAGUUAGGGAUGCACCAAAAUUAAAAUUCUGGGCCGAAACCGAAAAUUCAGGAUGCCCUUGGCCGAAAACCGAAACCAAAAGUGACUUUCCCCCCCACCCCCCAAAUUAUUUUAAAAUCGUUUUUUAUAUAAUUUUAUCAAUAUUAGACUUUUUAAUUAAUUUAAUGAAUCUAAUAUGAAAAACUACAAGCAAAUAAAAUAAAUAACGACACUUUUAUUGAAAGUAACACAUCAAAAUUGGACAGAAAAUAACUUUAAAAAAAAUUAUAUAUAAAAAUCUGUUAAAUUUCUUUGUUAUAUAGGACUAAAGAAUAAUAUAUUGUGGAUAUUAAUUUAAUAUCAAUAUACAUUCUUCAUUUAGUUCUAUGCAACAGAAUCAGAUUUAAAAAAAAGAAUAAUUCCACUGUAUUGCAGUCAGUGUCUCUGUAUUGCAGUCAGUCAGUGUAUCUGUAUUGCAGCCAGUUUAUAAUGUAGAUAUGUGGGUGUAGAAUACAGUCUCCUGUCUGUAAUGAACUUUUCCAGUCUCACUCACACUCAGUCCAUGUGUUACAAAGCAUUUAUUCAUGUUACACAUUGACUCUGCAGCUUUCUUUAACCAAUAACACUGCCAAAUAGAUCUCACACUCUGCCCAUACUCUCUGUAGAGUUUAAAGGGACACUAUACUCACCUGAACAACUUCAGCUUAAUGAGGUUAUUCAGUUGAGAACCAUAGCUCCCUGCAGCCUUUCUCAUGUAAACACUGUAUUUUGUGAGAAAAUACAGUGUUUACAUUGAAAGCUAGGAACACCUCCAGUUGCAGUCACUCAGAGUGAACCAGAGGGACUUCUGAGUUGAUGGAGGCAUAAUAUGCCUCCAUCCACUCAAAUCUGCUGUGCACGAGCAUCCUGUGAUUCAGUAUCUCCUCCCACUGCAUGCAGACACUGAACUUUCCUCAUAGAGAUUUAUUGAUUCAAUUCAUCUCUAUGAGGAGAUGCUGAUUGGCCAGGGCUGUGUUUAUAUAAUGCUGGCUCUGCCCCGAUCUGCCUCCUUGUCAGUCUCAGCCAAUCCUAUGGGGAAGCACUGUGAUUGGAUCAGGCUAUCACAUGUCAGCCGACUGCUUGUUUUCCCUGAGUCUAACAGCAUGCAGAUUUACAGCUUCUGGCUUGAAUACAGUAAGAUUUUUACUAUAUUUAUAGAGGCAUGAGGGGCCCAGGGGGGCUAGAUGGUCGUGUUAACACUAUAGGGUGAGGAAUACAUGUAGUUGCACUGGUGACUAUAGUGUCCCUUUAACAUUAUUCCUGCCCUCAUCCAAAAUGGCCGCUCGGUAGCACCCUCUUCCGGUGACAUCUGGUUCUGUAAUAGUGAAGGAGUUCGCAUCUGCGAUGAGUGCAGGCAUUGUGCUUUAGAGACAGACCCGAAGUGGCGUUACUAAUGACACUGGAGUAAGAAGAGGGAGUGGAUACAGGGCUGGGACACCCAGUGAGGUGGGUAUUAUAAUAUCCAUAGUAACAGUGUGUUUAUAUAGAGAGAUAGCUGUAGUGUGCUAUCGCGGUACCGCACGCAGGGGAAAUGGGUGGGAGGAGCAAAGGAGUGAGGUGUGAUUUUCAGCAGAUUUAACCCAUUUUCGUCCGAAAUGGGAUAGCCCCAUUUUCGGCUGAAAAUUUCGGCCGCCUAAAUUUCGGUGCAUCCCUAAUUCCAGUCCGUGCAGGACAAGACCCUCUUGUUGGCGGCUGCCCACGGGAAACCUCCCUUACCAUUUGAGGGAGCCACGCUGACAAUGUUCCCUGAUCUCACUAGAGGCACCAUUGAGUGGCGCAGAGCCCUGCGGCCACUACUACCUCUGCUCCGUGACAGGAGAAUCCAGUAUCGGUGGGGGGCCCACGCAAAUUUGGAAUUUUGGUAUCUCCCCAGAUGGUAACUAGAUCCCUUUGCGGUACUGGAAUUCGUUCCCCGAUCAUCCCGAUGCCCAUCCUCUCCACGGGAGAAGACCUAACAAGCUAAGAGUUUCCCAGGACUUACCUGUCAUACAAGGGGGGACACCAAGACCUCCGACCGCUGUAUCCUCAAUAGAAGCUAUAUAUAGCAGCACAGUUCCAGAAUGUUUGUUUUGUUUUCAUUGUUAUAUUUUGUUAAUAAAGUGAUCUGUUCGUAUCUAAGGCGCUUGGGGUGCAGUAUAAAUGGGCAAUAAUCAAUAGCAGCUACAGAACUUAUAUGCUACUGAGGAUAAAGCGUAAUUGUACAGAGGAAGAGGAUUGUAGACAACCAUCCAUGAAAGUUUUAAGUGAUUUUAGAGAGAAAGGAUAUAAAGAGGAACUCCUCAAUAAGGCAUUAAAGGAAACCUCUUUGAAAGAUAGGGAGGACCUUUUAACCCGAAAUAAAUCUAAGAGCGAUAUAAUAAUGACAAUCAGUUCUCGUUUAUUUGUGAUUUUAAUUGUAAUUAUAACAAUGUACAGAGAAUAGUGAAGAAAUACUGGCCCAUGUUGAAAGGGGACGAGAUUUUAAACUCUAUACUUCCGGAGAGGCCAAAAAUAAUUUAUAGGGGAGUGCCUAAUUUAAACAAAUUAGUUCACAGCCAUCUUCCAAAAAAAGAGAUAUCUAAGAACCUAUUUAGAGAAAAGGGGGGAUUUUCUGGAUGUGUAAAUUGUGGGGCAUGCAUUAAUACGAAAAAUAAAAAAAGGCAUAUUAGUCAAUUUACACACCCCAAAAACAAAAAUGAGAAAUUUCCCAUAAAACAACUGAUCACCUGCCACUCCAAGAGAGUAAUUUACAUAAUCAAAUGUACAUGUGAUCUACUCUACAUAGGAAGAACCACAAGAUCACUCCAUAUAAGAAUUCAAGAACAUGUACGCAACAUCAGAAUAGGUUUCGAAAAACAUAGUCUCUCCAAUCAUUUUAAAUUUAAACAUGACAAAGACCCAACUCAACUCAUGUUCUUGGGAGUACAGAGAGUGGAGACCAAUUGGAGGGGGGAAGAUCUCAUCACUGUGAUGGGAAAGGCAGAGAUGAGUUGGAUUUUUAAUUGCAACUUCCUCCUCCCCUAUGUGCUGAAUAGUGACUUUGAGCUAUGUCACUUUUUAUAAGUUUUUUUUUUUUUUAUUAUGUGUAUAUUUUGUGUGUGUGUGUGUGUAUGUAUAUGUAUAUGUGUAUAUAUAUAUAUAUAUAUAUAUAUAUAUAUAUAUAUAUAUUUCAUUUUUUGUGUAUAUAUAUAUAUUUAAUACAUACAUUUUUACCACUUCGGUUUUUUUAUAUAUAUUUUUUAAUUCUAUAUUUUCUAAUUAAACUUUUCCCAAUAUAACUAUUACUUUUUGGCCACUAGAAGUGUGGAUAGCACUUUUAUAGUUAUAACUUAUGGAUUUUUAAAAUUGUAUCUAAAGACACUUUCGAAGUAUAUUUUUUUUCACUAUGGGGUACUUUUAUGCACUUUACUGUUGUUCCACUUAUACUUAUAAUUGUGCAAUUUGCAUGUUUCAGGCGAGUGUUUAAUUAUUUUUAUUAUUCCCUUGCCGCUGUUAUGAGCCUUAUUAGAAUUAUGGACUUUGUAUUGAGGACUCUGCUGUGAGGGAAUUUGCUAGUUUACAUGAUUGCGAUAUCCGUACCGGAAGUAACGUAUGGACGUAAUGUCACUUACGGUUAUUGAUCCGAACGGCAGUAAUACCUGAGAAAGAAACACCCACGAAGAAGACAGCUAUCAUUGGAUAACGAGCAGCUGAGACAACGAAUCGGACAACAGGUCCAGGAUUUAAAAAGCAGGAAGAGAUGAAGAGAAGAUCAACUUCGAUUGAGAAAACCCGAGGAGAGGGCGAAACGUGUCUUGGAGGAUCUACCCAGCAUUUAUGGACGUUUAUUUUAUUGUUUUGUAAGUCUUAUGUGUAUUUUUAAUACUUUAAUAACUUUUAAUAAAUUUGAUCUUUGGAUCAUUAUUAGUCCAUUUGCUGAUAUCUUCAUCUUGCUGCUAGCUGCUAAUAUUGCUGCUAACUGCUUCAAAAGAAGGCUUUACCCCCCUUUAGUGGGUAACAAGCUGUUCCAACCUGAGACAGGUAUCUAUAAUUGGCUGUAUAAAAGGUGAGCUUUACAUCAUUUGAUAUCUGAUUUGCACCUAUAUUCUGGUCUAACAUACUACAUUAGAGAGAUAGCUCCUCUUUAUUUCUCCCUGAGCGUUGAAGAAAGAAAAUAGAAAGAGGGAAGGUGUCUCCCUAUGUGCAUCAAGACGUUUGAGAUUUGAGACAGUCCUUCAUUUGGCUCUAUACUUGUGAGUUGUUUUUUUUUUUUUUACCAUUAAGGAUCUAUAUACCAGUUUUGAUAUACUUCACUAUUGCAUUUCCUCUUAUCUUUGUUUUAUAUAGCUAACCUCCAUUUGGGAUACCUAAUAUCCCUGUGUUGUAGGGGUAAGUACUAUUUUAGCGCUCCACUUUAAGGAGUUUUUUCAAGUGGAUUGGUUCUUACCCCCCCCGCCCCCCACCCCCUCUUAAUUCUCCAGUUUGCACUUUAUAAUUUAUGUUGUUUGCACUUUAUAUUUUAUGUUGACCACGUUGUUAGGAAUUAAAAUUUAUAAUAUAUUAGUAGUGACUAAAAUACUUAGCAAAACUGUGAAACCAUUUUUUUAAAUAAUCAUUUCUACAAAACCAGUACAAUUUAAAAAUAUAAUAAUAAAAUAAGCAAAUAUAAGACAAAAUAACUUCACUUUAAGCCAUGUUUGCUUAUUUGUUAACAUGUCUCAUCUCUAUAAUUUUUUGAAAAAUUAUUUGAAUUACCGUUUUAAAGGAACACUCCAAGCUCAGGAGAGCUAACAUAAUUUCGUGCCUAGGAACUUUAAGCUCUUUGCAAUUACUAGUAGAGGCAGGUAGCAGCGCCUAGCAAACCCCAGGUAAGAUGUCAAAAACAGUUUGACUACUUAACAAGGGGAGUGUUCCCUUAGACCAAAACAUUAUUAUAGUUUUGAAAGUAGAGAGUAUAAGUUUAAUAGACGUUAACUACUACUCCAGGGUUUUACAUUUCUACUUGCACUCUAACCAUUGUCAAAUGGGAAUUUAGAAUGUACCUAUCUCAUUCUGGUCUUCAUGAUGGUAAAUAAUGCCUUUUGACUUACUUAUUUUUAUCUAUUUAGUUUCAUGCUAAAUAUAGAGUGUAACCUAGUUGUUUAUGGUAUUUUAUUUCUGUAGGUAAUAAGAAGGUUAAGAGAGAGAGGUGAACCUAUCAGACUCUUUGGUGAAACAGACUAUGAUUCAUUUCAACGUCUGAGAAAAAUCGAAAUUCUUGCUCCUGAAGUCAACAAGGUAUGUAAUUAUUUUUUCUUUUUACAUUUUUAUUUAUUUAUAUAGUGAACGAUAUAAGCUAAACUAAAGCACAGCAGUGCUACAAAUCCAGCUCUUGAGUUCCUGGGGGACCAUUCCAACUACAGAGUAUUCUACAUGCUACUACAGUAGGGAGCCGACUUAUAUGGCUCUCUAAAGUGUGAGUGCUCCUAAUUAUUUUCUAUACCAGUUAUUGGUUUAUGCACAUUGCCCUAUGAUAGCUGUCUAUAUUGCAGAUUAUCUCAUCAAGCAUCCAUUGUGUGCGCAAAACCACCUUUUCUUGUAUCCAUUGAUAGUAAUGUAAGUGUUUUAAGGUGACUAAAACACUGGUUCGGUUUUAGACGCACUGGGAUUUGUUUAUUUUGUUUGAGCGCCACUUAUCCUAUUGUUUGUGUUUUUAAAAGUGACUUUAUGGCAUUGAAUAUCUUCCUAAUCAGUAAAGCUAUCUCAGGCAAACCAUAUGUAUGAUAUUUGAUUGACUCUACUGGAAGCAGAUGCUAUCACAAGUUCCAUUAAAGCGGCACUGUCAUGCCGAACUUACCUUUCCUCAAUCUCUUCCUCUUCUCCCCCUCUCUCAGGAUCUGCCCCCCCUGCCCCCGCCCCUGGGCGGCGGGUGGGGGCCAUAGUGAAAAUGGGGGGGGACCUACUGCCCCCCCCCCCGCGGCCCCCACCCCUGGGCGGCGGGUGGGGGCCAUAGUGAGAAUGGGGGGGGGGAACCUAGUGGGUUUAAGCCAAUCAGAGUGCUCUUUGUCAUUUUACACAGCGUGGUCAAAAAUACUCUGCAACAGUGAGACCAGGAUAAAAUUCUCAUGUUUGAAGAGCCAGCAUUUAAGAUUGUACCACACCCCUGCAUAUCUCCAUCACAUUUCUCCAAAUAUUCCUAUCAAAUGCUGGUGAUGUAAGGGGGCUGUUCUUUUGAAUUUUCCCACGCUGUGUAAAAUGACACAGAGCACUGUGAUUGGAUGGAUUUCAAGCCAUCCAAGCACAGUGCUCUGUGUCAUUUUACACAGCGUGGGAAAAUUCAAAAGAACUUUCCCACGCUGUGUAAAAUAAAAAAUUUCAGUAGUGUGGUCCAGCCUCUGUCAGUUUUAAUUGUAUGUUUUGUUUUUGUGUUCACAGUAUUAUUAUUAUUUGUGUGUUGUAGUGGGAUUUUUUCGUCUGAGACAUUUUUAGGGAUUUAUAAUAGUUAUGUUUUAUUUACACCUUCUUUCCUAGUAUUCCAUUUUUUUAUUUAUAUAUAUAUAUAUAUAUAUUUAUAUAUAUAUAUCUAUAUAUAUAUAUAUAUAUAUAUAUAGUGUAUCCUCCGCUUCUUUUCUUUUUUCAACAUAUACCAUUUACAUCUAAGCAGUAAUGGUUACUUUUUUUUUUUAUUUAUUUUUUUUACAUGCAAUAAUAUCCCUUGCCAACUUUUUUUUUUUUUUUUUUCCUUUUAGGGCUUAAGAAAUGAUUUGAAGGCUGCUCUGGAUAAAAUUGAUCAACAAUACCUAAAUGAACUUGUUGGUGGCCAAGAGCCAAAGGAGGAAGAUACACAGAAUGAUCUAAAAGUGCAUGAAGAAAACACAACAAUUGAAGAACUUGAGGUAUGUAUCCCAAUAUGCAUAUAGAUUUAUUCAUCCACAUAUAUAUAUAUAUAUAUAUAUAUAUAUAUAUCAGCGUAAUAAAGUGGCACACAGACAUUCCUUUGUGAAUGACUGUGGUGUUACAUUUACACUGAACAAAGUAAAUGAAUAGUUGCAUAUGUAAUAUAUUUGUGUUAUGCAGUGCAUGCAUUCUUUUAUAAAGUUUAAUUCUAUAACUUCACUAUGUUAUGUACAUGGAAGUGCUUUUUAAUGGCAUUCUUCCAUCUCAUUAGGAAGGUGUCUCAAUGGCUAUAUGGCACACAAUAUCUUUCUUCCCUGCUUUUUGUCUUAAUGAUCAUGUUAUAAUUAUACUUUUACUGUUAUCCUGAUCAUGUUAUAAUUAUACUUUUACUGUUAUCCUUAUAAAAGUAAUCAUAUUUUGCCAGCAACCUUCAUUCACUCUUGUAUAAAUGACAGUUGAGCUGUCACUUAGGUACUACCUGAAUAUCUAGCAGGAUCUUGUGUAUCUAUCCCUGUGUAAACUCCAUUCUAGGAGUAUGUUUAACAUUCUUUGCCCAAGGGAUGUGCAUUGGCGUAUAGCUGUUUCAGGUUGAAUUCAAUUUGUUAUUAGAAAAAAUAAUUUGGUUCCAUGCAGUGUUUGUAGGCUCCAGCUUUGCUAUGGCAUAGGCCAUAAACUGGUCAUUUCAACCCCAUUAAAACAAUGAUUGCUUUACUUUAGGACAUUAAAACAUUUUAACAUUUCAUACAUUUGGAUGUUCCAUAAACAAGCCUUUGUGAGCCAUGUCUGACCCGUUGUACAACUCUGAUCUAAACAAUCACCCAAGUCAUUAGGCCUUUACUGAUGAUAGUCUCAGAAGGUUUCACUAGUCCAUGGAUCAGUGCUACAUACCAGAAACAGCUGUCUAGACUACUUUUGUGGUCAAGAAGACUAAAUACGACUCUAUUGGGGGAAUUGCUUGCCAGAAAUAUUAAAAUGUACAUAACUUUCCAAUUGUUAAACUGGAUUAAAUCUGUCCUAAAAUCUUUAAUUGAAGACUGUCUUUGAAUGUUCUGUUUGUGAUUGUUCUGGCCUUUUUUAUGCUUUAUUUAAACAUUUUCUGUAUUAGAAGUGUGUACCCCUAGAGUCUAGUUUUACUAGCUCCAGUGAAGCUUGAAUUAAUAUGUAUAUCCUGAUUCUAAAACCUGAUACAAAUAGCUAGGAUAACAUACCAUGCAGUCACAUUCCCAGAAGUUGUGCAUCAUGGAGUCAUGAAUCUUAUUGCUUUAAUAAGUUCCAUAAAGUCAGAAAUAAAAUGACAAUAAAAACUCCGUAACUCAUGCUGCCCAUGUACUUCAUGACCCCUACCUCUGCAUAUAAUAGUGAAAUGUUUUAUAUGCUCCAAGCUUUGCUUUGUUGCAAAAUCCUACGAUUCAGUUAGGGAAUGAUGAUAGAAUCACUGUUUCUCUAUUCAUGCUAUAUGGGGGUACCAACGAUGUAAGUGUACAUAAUAUAGGCAUUAUAUGUCAAUAUACAUCACUAAAUGUUCUUAAGCAAUGUCAUAAGGCUUAUUCCUAAAAUGUAUCAUGCUUGCUCACUGGUAAUUGUGGAGAAUUAAAUGGAAAUAAAAUGAAAUUGCAAUUUAUAAUCUAAAACAAGCCCGCUGUAGAUUUUGGCCAUUGUAUCCUAAAUGUGCCAUUUACUUUUCAGUUUUUGUUUUUUUUGGGUUGAGAGAAUAACGCUGAAUGUAAAUGUUACAUAUAUGAAUCUUAUAUUUCAUCUUUUAAACAGAACCCACUUCCAUUAGAUGUAAAGCUAUUGAGUAUUUUUAAUUAACAUCUCACUAAAACUCCUGUUUGAUUUAUUUUUGUACUCUUAUUUAGCCUCUAUUUACAGUAUUAUAUCUGGCAUAUCUCAAUUUAAAUGUAAACACAUUAACCCAUUUUAGUUCCCACUUUGCAGAGAUGCUGUGAUAUGAUGGGACUUAAAAAUCAGUCUUGGAGGGAACUGACUUCACAGCACAUUUUCCAUCAACAUCUGGAAAGUGUACUUUGAAUGGAGUCCAGAAUGGCUGGAACAGGUGUUUAAAAUGAACAGCUUUCUAAUAUAACCACAAUGUGUGAUCUGAACCAGACUGUGCAUUCAUUCUGCUGUUUAACUCUUCCAGCUGGCACAAAAGUUAGUCUUAGAACUACACAGGUUAAUGUGGAACUCCCUUCCCUUCUUCGUAAGACUUUUACCCAGUCUCCACUAAUUCAUUUAACACAAAGCUUGCUCAGCUAAAAAAAUAUAUAUAAUCAAUUUUUGGAAAUGGGUGUAUUUGCUGGUCUUUAUCAUAAAUGAAUCUUAGAUUGACAUGGCGAUGCGGUUAUUGGACCUGGUGCUCAUUAUUCUUCCGUAAUCAGCCAUGAAAUACUGCAAGCAGGCUAGCUAUUUUUCUGUGCUUCUGUGACAGUCACAACUCUUGCCCACUGCUGCCUUUUCUGCUUUGAUGCUUAGACAAGCUUCGCAUCUUUCCAAUGCCUUCCUUGUAUAUAUCACCUCCUAAAAAGAAUUUGCCUUCCUUGUAUACACCACCUAAAAUAAUUUGACCCCGGUGCUGCUGUACCCCAAUGAUCUGCAAAUGACCAGGCUGUCUCUGCAUGCUUUAAUAGCAGGGACAGCUUCUGUGAUCCCCUUGUUCUCUUGCACAUAAUUUAGACUCGGCACUAGGUGUGAUAGGAGUAUGAUCUACUGAACUGAGGUUUGCUUAUUGCAAGUAACAUUAAAGUCUGUAUUGACUUGUAUGUAAUAUAUGUGGAGUACAAGGAAAUGUUGCUGUUAAUGCUGCAUAUCACACCUUGAGAUGGAGUACGCUUCCCCUUUUUUCUCUCAAUUCUGAAUAAAUUACCUCAAAUUGCAUGGGCUGGUCCAGAAGGAUUUAUUCAUUAAGCAGUGAAUUAUAAUGAACUAGAAACAAAAUGACAAACUUUAGACAAAAAUAGCUGGAAUGUGGCUAUAAAUUACAUGGAGACAUUUUACAAGUUGGCUAUUUUUGCUUAAAUUUUGAAAUCUGAUUUUUAAUCACUACAGUUUUCUGUUUAGUAAAUAUACAUCCAAGUUUAUACUCAGUCCGUUACUGUUAAAAUCUUGUUUAUUUCCUGCAUGUCCAUUUUUUCAUGUUUCAGUUUCGUUUUACUAAUAUAUAACUUUCUAUUGCAGGCUUUGGGAGAGUGUCUUGGACAAGGUGAUGACAAUAAUGAUAUGGAUAUUAUAAACAAAGUGCUAAAGGUAUGGCAUUGUUAUUCUACUAAUUCAGAAUCCUGGCAAAUAUCAGAUUUUAUUUACUUUGAAAACCAAUUUUAUUUAACCCCUUUACAACAAUGGGACAUGCCAAGUGGGCUUUAGGACCUUAGCAUGGCAUGGCACAUUCUAACAAUCGUGUCCCCUUCCCCCCACUGCAUACUUACCAGGCAUGAUCCAUCUUGGGGUAUUGUCUGGCAACCAAGGCAGUCCCCCAGGAUUAAUUUGCCGCAUUCGGAGUCUCGUGACAGCCAGUCACCCCAAUCACAGUGUCAUAGCCAAUGAUUUCAAACUGAUCAGUGUAAUCAGUACAAUAUUACAGUUAUGUUUUUUUUGGGGUGAGUCAGGUUUCUUUUAUUUUUUUUCAUUUUUUUUUAUUUUUUGGGGGAGAGAAAAAAAGUCUCCUUUUGCAUCAUGAUUCAUUAUGAUACUGUGGAAGAGGCUUACUCCAUCUUAACGUGUUAAUUUUUCAAGGAGAGAUCUGACUGUCAUUCUGGGGUUAGAAAAGCUUGUUUUCCAAAAUGUGAAAGUGCUUCAAACUGUUUUUUUUUUUUUUUUUUGCCUUCUUUUGGAUCAGCAUGUUUACCUCGAGGAGAUGUGGCAGCAGAAUGCCCUACGGGAAGAAGGCAGGCUGGUGGAGGCAGUGUUAUGCCCUGUAUCUUGGGUCCUGUUAUUCACGUGGAUACUAUUUUGGCACGUACCGUCUACCUAGAGAUUGUUGCAGACCACAUAACCCCUUCAUGGCAAUGGUGUUCCCUGAUGGCAGUAGCCUCUUUCAGCUUGAUAAUGCACCCUGACACUGUAAACAUUGUUCAGGAAUAUGACAAAGAGUUCAAGGUCCUACCUUGACCUGCAAAUUUCCCAGAUCUCAAUCCAAUUGAGCACCUGUGUGAUGUUCUGAAACAACAAAUCUGAUCCACGGUGGCCCUACAUCACAAAUUGCAUGACUUGACUGAUCUGCAGCCAAUGUCUUAGUUCUUGAUACCACAGUACGUUUUCAGAGGUUUUGUGGAGUCCAUGCUUUGACAAAUCAAAGCUUUUUUUGGCAGCACGAAAGGGGACCUCCACAAUAUUAGGCAGAUAAUUUAAAUGUUGUGGCUGAUCAAUGUAUAUAACAAUGUAAUCAGAAAGUAACACAUUUGAUCUAAUUGAUAGUGACACUAUUACAGCCUCUGAUAAUGAAAGAGUGGGGCUUCUAGUGAUGAUUCUCCCAUACUACCACCAUCUGCAAGAAGUUAUAUGGAAUGGAAUGGAAUCAAUGUCUGAUGCAAAUUGGAUUCCAACAAAUGUAACCACCCCUGAAAUAUCCCCAUUUAUGCAACUCUUGGCAUUACAAUAAGCAUUGAAGUUUGUGAGCCAAUAAAAUAUUCCAAACUUUUUUUAUGACCGGCAUCUUGUUUGAACAUACGGCUACUAAAACCAGCCAGUAUCUGUCAGCUAAUCAUUGUUUACACCAACCUAAAAAAAACACCUGGCACUGCACUGACCUGAUAGAGCUGAAAACGUAUUGGCAACUGACCCUAGUAACUGUCACAAGCACCCGAUCCUUGCUACUCUUUUUCCAGGGAUUAUGAGAUAUAUAUCACACACCUGACCAGAACAUAUGUAUAGAUAAAUCACUGAUGACAUUUGAACUAUGAUAGUGUUUUUGUUUUUUAGCAAUAUUUCCCAUCAAAGUGCUCACUCUAUGGAAUAAACUGUUACACAGUGACAUUAUGUGAAUGUACUACCUGGGCAUUUUUGAAGACAAAAACUGUAGAGACACAACAUCUUUAUGCCACAAUGAAGGGCUAGCUUGUGAAGUUUUGAAGAUGCGUGAAGUGUCUAAGUGCAGCGUUUCUCUGUGAAACACUGAAUGGAGUUCCGAGUUGGCUAGUGUCAAUUCUGUGUAUUUUUUAUUGCACAUAAUGUGAGUCAUUAAAUAAUAGUAGUCCCUUGACACUCAAGCGUCAGCUGACUACACUUAGCCAAACAAUGGUGACAGAUGAGGCUUCUGCAGCUCUGUAGUAGCUGGAAGCAUGUCAUCAGCAGGCAACCUUGGAGCCCGGCAGGGACCCAGUUAAAGCGGCAUUUUGUUGCUAAAUGGUUUUCUCCAUUACCUGGGAUCCAGGGCAGGGAACAUCGGGCUUCAUAACCACUACAGCAGGUUGUUAGUGGUUAUAAUGAUUGGAUUAACCCUUUAAGUGCUUGUUAUAGCGACAACAUUGACUUUUGGAUUCUCUGAUUUUGCGUUGUUACUGUUAAGCCCAGCCACUCUAAGGUCAUUAUAACGUGGGUACAUUCCACAACUCAAAAUACCCCAGUUAGAAUACCUGGGCUGCCUACUUUUGAAAAUGGAAUGCCAUAAUUGAGUUGUUUUCUUUUCUAGGGUGCCAUACUGUCUCAAAAGGGUCAUAGGCCCAGCAAAUCAAUUCAUCAAAUUUCCACGUUUGAAAAGGGCAUGUCAUAUAUUUUAAACUAGCAUCUGUCCCUAAUACCUCAGCACCGCACAAAGCUAGUGCCUACCUAAACCAAGGACCCUAAUAUAUCGGUAACUUCAACACAAACUAAAAAAGGUGCUACCUAACAAGUGCAAAAGUGCAUACUAAAAUAAGUGCAAAUGCACUUGUUAGGUUGUUGGAGUUACACACACACACACACACACAUAUAUACAUAUAUAUAUAUAUAUAUAUAUAUAUAUGUCUUUGGUUCAGGUAGGUACUAGCUUUGUGAGGUGCUGAGGUAUUAGCUACAGAUGCUAGUUUACUGGCUGUGGGGUAUGGUGGGAAUGGAAUAGUGGUCGCUACAAUAGCCUGGAGAUACCUCCCUUCUGCUUUGAUCCUGAUUAAUCUUCAAUUAGUAGACAUCUAGGGUUUUGUUUUUUCACCUCCUCUCUGUGUAGAAAUUUUGACCCCUUUCCUUAUCACCACUUAUUGAUUCUUCUUAAUAGCAAGAUAUUCCAUCUAUAGUGGAAUGCCUGUCUGCACCCUAUGGUGUUUUCCUACACCUAACAUAUAUACUCUGUUCCUGUUUGGGGCCGUUUCACUGUGGAUAGUAGCUCUAUGCAUUAUGGACUAAUAAAGGUUUUUUACUAUAUUUCUUGGCAUGUAGGCUACUUAUUUAACCCAAGUUGUACCUAUUCCUAGACAUUCACUUCCAUUUGGAAUGAACGCCUUGGAUAUUGUCUUCAUUCCUUUUACUAAUUUUAGUAAUUAGGGUUAUCCAAUGUUUAUCUAGUACAACUAGGUGACCUCUUUUUUGACUAGGAGAUAUAUUAAUAGGCCUUCCCCAACUUAUGGUUUUAGUUGGUAGGAGACACCCAGAUCUGUCCCUUGGUCAAUAUCCUUACUACAUGAUACAUUUUUCUUCAGUGAUUGGAACCAGCCCAGACUGCCAUUUUGUCUGUUUUAUAUUGCAUGCUUUUAAAGGUGUAUAAUUUAUUGUGCCUGUUGAUCCAUUGAUGCAUCUUGUUUUGCAGUUUUUACUAAUACAAGUUUUUUCUGCCAACUAUAAAAAUGCUUCUCAUCAUUGUUUUUAAAGUAGCAGUGGUAAUACUCAUGUCUGACCAUUGUCUGAAAACCACACUUUCUGAUCUGCCCACUAGGUGGCCUGUUGCUUAAAAUCCUUAUUUCCAUUUAGUUCCUUCUAGGUGUAUGGGCUAAGGACCUGAAUGCAAGAGAAGAUUACGUGAAACGUAGUGUGCAUGGUAAACUAGCAAGUGCCACCCAGAAACAAACUGAAUCCUACCUGAAACCAUUGUUCCGGAAACUACGGAAAAAGGUAUUCACAUGGUUACACAGCUUUCCGCAGCCUGUAAUGUAAAGGAGCUCUCACACCCUUCUACAGUUCAUAUGACCAAGGCCUUCCUUUCACAUUUUUACAUUCUAGGUCAGCCAUGGAUUACCUUGGCAUGCAGAUAUUUGUGAAUUAAAUUUCCAUUCAUGCUCAGUCAGACUCAAACUGCCUCUAAGCAUCCUAGAACUGUAGUUCAGACAUCAGAGGUGACUAAUAUGUUCUAAAUUUUAGGUAAAAAACAGUAAUCAAUAUUCUGUUGGAUAUUUGUCUCAAACACUAACCACUUUAUUUCAUGGCAAAAUGAGGUUUUGAUGCCAUUUAAGGUAAGAUCCAGUGUGCACAUUGUAAAGAAUACAGGAGAAAACGUAAAUUCACAAAGAUUUUGUGAAAACAAUGUAAUCCAGGCACUUAGGGUCUUAAUAAAGCAGCUGAUUUAUUGGAAAAACACUGCAAAAACAAUGUUUCGAUCCCCAAUGGAAUUGUUGUCAAGCUAGAUACUUCAACAAAGAUUUUGUGUCACCUGGCAUCUUUGUUGAAGCAUCUCUUGUCUAAAUCAUUUCCUCAUACAACCUCCUACCUGCAGUCACAGAUUCUUCGAUUUACAUCAUUCCAUUUACCUUUUUUUAACCAGUGUUGACGUCUAAUGAAUUAUUGCAAUUUCAUAGCAGGUAGAAAUUCAACUUCUGUAAACGAGAUUUUCUUUUGUCACCAGAUAUUUACCACAAUCCUAUGCAUGGUAUUCAGUAAAAUAGGGCAAACAGUGUUUUGUAUGAAGCCUUGAAUAAGUCGUAACUUAGACACAUUUUCCAUUUCUGUAUAUACUGCGCAACAACCAUAGGCAUUUUGUUAUUUGGGUUGUAAAAUGAAAUGAUGCAGAGAAAACCAAAAAAAGACUAAAUAGUUUUCUGCUUAAAGUGCAGUUUUUUACCUUAACCCCUUACUUUAACUCAGUACCUAUGUUAAGUUGGUGACCAGGAGAUGGUUUGAGGCUGUCAAGCAGGACAGUAGUAUAAUUUGGUAUCCCAGGGCUCCAAUUUGUUUUAAAAUGGCACUCUCUGCUAGUUCACCAAUAUAGUCUCCACUUCUGUGCUUUGUAUAAUUCUACUGUGAAUAUAUAAAGAAGAGAUACCAAACGUUAUUAGCCCUGCUCAGAAAAAGAGAGAUCACAGUUUUGAGUAACUAAGCACAACUACUGUACUUGAACAUCUUAAAUGAAAAUGAAAGGCUGGUUAUUUAGGAUUUUCAUUAAACUUACAAAUUGCCAACAUGCUCCACACCACUGUACAUUGGACAAACCAAAUAUUUGCAAGUCAUCCAGUGUGGAAUGGAAAAUCAGUGGACAUUUGUUAUGGAGCAGAAGGAGGAAUAUGAGCUAUAUGGCAACAUUUUAAACAGUUUUUAUUGUUAAAGGAACACUAUUAGAUCAGGAAUACAAAUGUAUAUUCCGGACCAUACUGUGUUAAAAACAUGAUUUAGGUGCCAGGCCUGCCCCCCUUUAUCCACUUACAAAGGGGGCAGAUUUCCAGAGAUUUCACUCAAGAACUAGCUGGGGUGGGGAGAGUUGUUUUGCACGAGCUCCCGCACCAUCCUUACCAUUUAAGCCUAUUGCAGGGCUAUCGUUGAAGACAUUUGCGACUAACUCUGUCCUCAUGCCAGGGGCCAUGCAGUUUUAUAGUCAGCAACGUGAUGGGAACGUACUUAUUUCCUGCUGGACCUUGCGGCUUGGUGCGCACCGGGUGGGAGAGAUGGCCGCUCUCCUAUCCCAGCAGUGUGCACAAGCUCAUUACCCCCCCUCUCUCCCCUGGACCGGUGGGGGUGAUCCCGAUCCACUCUUGGGAGGCUGCCCUGGAGUAGUCAGGGCUCAAGAUGAAGCCACAGGGGCAGAGAGAACGGACGACUCACUCAAGAUGGCGGACAACAGGCGUUCCAGUAGGUCCAGCGACGAUCACACUGGCCAAAUUGGGAGUGCCAGAGGGCUAUUUGUGCAAUUUGGGUGGCUUGGUAGUAAAAGUGUAAGUGAGGUAGUCCCAGUCCUCCUCUUGGUUUGGGUCGAUAAAGUAUGUUACGAGAUUCUCUAUGUUUUUUAUCCUGCCAAAUGAACUGGUCUAUGGCCCUCUGUAGGGGGACCAGAUCUUGUCUCGAGAUGGGGAGAGGUAGGGCUUGGAACAGGAAUAAAAUGUGCGGGAGGAUGUUCAUUUUUACGGAAUGUAUUCUUCCGAUCCAGGAAAGGGGUUUGUCUGCCCAGGUUUCCAUAUCCGAUAUGAGUGCGCUGAUCAUGGUUGUGUAAUUCAAUCGAUGUAAUUGAGAGGGGUCCGCUGGUAGUUUGAUACCUAGGUAUAUGAGAGAUGUAGGUGAGAUAUUUAUGUGGUAGUCUGUUCUAAUUUGGGUGAUGUCCGUCGCUUGGAGGGUUAUGGGGAGCGCACUAGAUUUGCCUUUAUAUCCAGAGAUAGUGCUAUAUGUUGUUGUGGAGUGGGAUCAAUGCUCGGAUGGAUGUGACUGGGUCAGUUAAGGUGAGAAGGAUGUCAUCGUAAUAUCCGGAGACCAGGAAUUCCUGGUCUCCCACCCUCACACCAUAGAUCAAGGGAUGUUCUCUUAUCGCCUGUAGCAGGGCUCGAGGGUCAGGACCAAAAGUAAGGGGGAGAGAGGGCAUCCCUGUCAGGUACCACUUCCUAUAGCGAAAGAGGGGCAGACUGCUCCUGAGAUUUUAACGUGUGCCGUGACGGUGUAUAACGUUUGAACUGCGGUGAUAUAAAGGGGGGAAAUCCCAGGAAUUGUAGUAGUACAAACAUGCAGGGCCAUUUUACGCGGUCAAAGGCUUUUCCACGUCAAGGGAAAGUGCUAGCGACGGUGUUCUCAAUGACGCCAAUUUCCAUAUUACAUCUAUAUUGCGGUGAAUGUUUUCGAAGAGCCGUCUGCCUGGUAUAAAACCUACUUGGUAUGUGUGGAUUAAGUGCGUUUUAAAAUGGGUUUAGUCUCUCGGCGAGUGUUAUGCGAAGAGUUUGCCGUCAUGAUUAAUGAGGGAAAUGGGUCGGUAUGCUUCUGGUAAAGUUUGGUCUCUAACCGGUUUUGGGAUUAGGCCUAUGUUGGCUUGCGUCAUGUCCCGAUCGGGGGUACUCCCAGUCAUUGUGUCUCGGAAGAGGGUCUCCAGGUGUGGAAGCAAUUCUUCGCAAAAUACUUUAUAGUAGCUCCCUUCAAAACCGUCCGGACCUGGGGCUGUGUUACUCUUUAGGGUUGAGAUGGCCGCAUUUAUUUAGUCUAUGGAGAUAGUUGCAGACAGAUCUGUUAUGGCUGUCGUGUACAAUUUGGGUAACUUCAAGCGAGUAAGGAACUCAGUUAUAGUCAGGAGUGGAAUGCCAUCUGGUGUGUUUAGGGGAGAGUGAUUAUAUAAUGUUUUUAAAAAGGAUGUAAAUACCUGAACUAUGUAGCUUGGGGAGGUUUUUAGCGUACCGUCUGGAGCUUUGAUAGAGGUUAUGUGUGGUGACGUGGUGUAGGCCGCAGCGUACGGGCCAGUAACUUAUCCAUUUUGUUGGAUUUAUCGUAAUAUGUCCUCUUGGACCAUAUUAAUGAGUGGGCUGUGUCAUGGAUGAGAUGCUCCCGGAUGGAGGAGUCGGUGGGUGAGUUGUUGGGUUUAAGUUUCUUUUUAUGCGUUGCUAUUUUGAUAAGGGAACCCCGUAUCACGGCUUUGUGUGCUGUCCGUACUGUCGUCAUAGGUACAUCUGAUGUUAGGUUUUCCGAAAAAUAGGUGGUUAUCUGCGUGCGAAUGUUGUCUAUAACCCCUGGGUCUUUCAGGAGAGAGGUGGUCAACCUCCAUGUCCAUGGGGUGGGGGUGUGCAGUCCGCUAAAGUAUAUUGCGACGUCCGCGUGGUCGGACCACGCUAUGGAAUCAAUUUCUGUUAUCAGGGCUUUUGUAAAGUUUCAUGAGGAGUCCGGGUGCCCCCUCCCCAGUACAGAGCAAUUUCCGAGGGCUUUAGAGUAACUCCCCUGUACCUUAUUGCCACACACUGGAUCUAUGCAUGGGUCCGGGCAUGUGGGGUGGAAGCAGGUGUCGGUGAGGAAGUCGGAUGGCGUGAACCGGUGGUUUCUCGUUGUCACUCUGUGGCUGAGUACCAAUCUCUUGGCAAGGUCGGCAAGGCUGUAGCUGUAUUAGUCGGCAGGGUGAGGUUCUCCGGCGCUUUUAUGCCCAGGGCUUGAAGAAAGCGUGUUGGGCUGGCGCAGGGUAGGAGGAUUUUGGACCUUCCGUUCUUGAAUACAAGGAGCUUGAACGGAUGGCCCCAAGCGUAUUGCACAGUGUUGGCUCUGAGAAGUUCACUGGUUUCCACUCCCUCCUGCGUUGGAGAGUGAUGGGGACGAGAUCUUGGAAGAAGGUGAUGUCUCGACCGUUGAAUUUCACCGGGCCGUCGCGGGACCUCUUAAGCACUGCCUCUUUUGUUGCUCAGGUAAGCCGUGUAUACGGCGGUUAUUGCAGCGUGACCUGUUCACCAAGUCCUCUAAGGCCGCUUCGGUUGCUUCCAGCCGGGAGGUGAUCUGGGUGACAUGGUCUGCUACAGCAUUGUGUGCAACUGAGGUGGUUUCCAUGCGUUAUUCCAGGGCUGCUGUUCUUGUGCCUAGUGAGUGGAUCUCUGCUGACACUGCUCUGGAGCUGCGCUCGAUUUCCCGAGCUAGGUAGGUCUUGACGGCCGUCAAUAGUGAUAGGUUAUGUGAGCUCUCUGAGGUAGUGCUGUCUCGUGGUGGUAAAGCCUCUGACCCUGUAUGGGGAGCGUGCUUUUGGCUAGAAGGCCGGUGAGGAGCUCUAGACAAACACGUCCAGCUUGAUUCCCGGUCAAGCCACGCCCCCAGGGAUUUAAUUUCUAAUUAGUGGGGUAAUAGCUGCUUGAUCCAAGGAGAUAUGACUGCCAUUUUGGGGUCAAGAAGUAAUUUUUUCCUAGUUUGUUGCAAAAUUGGAAGCGCUUUAGACUGGGUUUUUUGCCUUCUUUUGGAUCAACAGCAAAAACAUAUGUGAGGAAGGCUGAACUUCAUGGACACAAGUUUCUUUUCAGCUAAGUAACUAUGUAACUCCCCCCAAAAUGUUGUAUCAGGAGAGCCUCAACUCAUUCUUGGCAAACAUAGACAUGCCUAGGGUGACUGAGAGGAAGGCAGACCUACUGAAAGCACCCAUCUCCCAAGAGGAAGUAGACCUGGUCUGGUACGUGACAGAAUCAAACCCCCUCUAGAAGGAUUUUGAUAGAGUCCAAUGACCGCUCCCAGGGAUUCCCUGAGUAAUUUAUAACCGCCAUCAAGGCCUUAUACACAGAUCUAAAAGCACAGACCAUCAUAACAGGGGCCCUGAAAUCCCCUUUCUGGUUGAGCAACGGGACGCUACAAGGGUGUCCCCUGUCACCACUCCUCUUUGCGAUCUACCUAGAGCGGCUACUACAUUCCUUCACAAAUACAGGGGGUACAGAUCAUGAAUCAGGAAUUCAAAAUGGCGGCAUAUGCCAACGACGUGUCACUGACGAUUACCGACCCAAUACACUCUAUGGCCAGAUUAGAAACACUUCUACACGACUAUGGUGACAUCUCGAAAUACAAGGUAAAUCUCACCAAGUCGAUAGCAAUGUCCUUUCACAUGCCGACCAGGAAGGGACGCUCAUCAGACAGAUCCACCACAUCAAAACUAGCGCAGACGCACUCACAUACCUAGGAGUACAACUUACAGAAGACACCAACGUGAUAUUGAGGUACAAUUACACUCCACUCUUCAUAACAUUGAAGAACGACCUAGAAAAAUGGACAGAUAAACCCAUAACAUGGCUGGGGCGGCUACAUUUAGUUAAGGUGAAUGUCCUGCCCAGACAGCUGUUCCUCUUCCAAUCUAUACCAGUACAGGUCAUGAGGGGAGACCUCGCUGACAUGCAGAGAGCUAUAGAUACAUUUAUUUGGCAAAGGAAAGGACCCAGAAUAGCCCGCACCAUACUUUGUGCCAAAAUGGAGGGGUGGGCAGGGAUAUUUUUAAUAUCUUGCAGCACAAUUAGCCCAAAUUGCACAUUGGCACUGCCCCUUGGAGCAAAGAACGUGGGUGGACAUUGAAUCACUCCUAACUGGCGCCUACCUACCACAAUUCUACAUGUGGACUCCCUGGGAACACAGAGUUAUCCUCAGGACAACCUGUCCCUCGAUUCUUAACUCCAUUAGCAUUUGGGAUCAAGUGGCACAGAAAUAUAGUCUUACCAAUACUCCCUCGCUCAUGACCCGGUACUAAGAAACAGAGUGUUCCUGCCAGGGACUUCAAGGGAAUUGAGGCCGCGGGAGUACAAAGUUAUGUACAUCUAUACGUUAACGACGAGGUAGUAACAUAUGAAUACAUGAGAUCGCUUGCCCCCUUAGGCACCCGCGAUUUCUUCAGAUAUGUACAGCUCAGGGACUUUGCACGGGCCGCCGGGGUUAGAAAUGUAGUAGCAAACAGACUGACCUUUUUUGAAAAAAAAUUGCUUUAUUUAGGAUAAACGUUGGAGGGAACUGACUGGUAAGACAUCUGGGAGGCCUGUGCAAAGACAUCCAUUGUACAGCGCUACAGAAUCUGAUGGCGCUAUAUAAAUACUAAAAUAAUAUGUACCUCCCUACAGGAACAGGCAUAAAAAACGCUCUUUAGGUGGUACACGACCCCUGUCAAACAAUGCCACAUGAAAAAAAGGACGAACACUUGCUAGCACCUAUGUGGAGAGAAAGGUAGCUAUAUACAUAUGUGGUGGCACUGUCCCAAAGUCGGGGAUUUCUGGCAUGAAGUGGUAGAUCUGAGCUCACGAAUACUACAGAGACUGCUAACACUAGAUCCAUGUGCCUGCCUCCUGUCCAAACCCUACAGAGGAACUAGCUAAACCAGAGCAAAGAUUAUUGAACAUGCUCUAUCUUUUCUACCCUGUCCCAUAGUGGACAAGUGUUCUGACGGGGCAGGGCGGUCACCAGCGGAGACAAACCUUUCAGAUCAGCAUACGCAGAACCAGAGCAAGAUGGCCUAGGGGCAAACUGACAUAGGCAUUGCUAAGACAACAUCAAAUGCUAUAAGCUCGUAAAUAUGUACCAUUAGGGCCGUAAAGAGGCAGAGACAGGGCAACGGAUUGGAGGCGACACGGGUGAGGUCACUUGGCUUUUGCACAAACUGUACGAUAUUGUAUUGCUGCUACUCUGUCGAUGCAUAAAUAAAGAAUUUUUUUUUUUUUAAAUCGUCCCUCUGGACUGGUGGGGUGUAUCGUGGUCCCCACUACUCACAAGAUGGCUGCCGCUUACAAGCCUGCACUUCCUCAUGCCCCAUUGCUACAGGUCUUUCUGGAGGUGUGGCUCAACCAGGCCUUCUCAUUACCCUGGUCAUAAUUCUGGGCUAAGAUAUGAUGGACCACAAGAACCGAAGAACGACAAGCCACGUAUUCGCACACUUCGAUUCUAAACUAUAUAACUUACGCCCGAAUGAAAAUACACACAACCCAGAUGAUGAGAGUAUCUCUCAAUAUCUGUCCCAAGUCCAUUUACCACAGCUUACCUGAACCCAGGUAGAGGAGCUCCAACACCCUAUAACACUCGAAGAGGUUCUAGCUGCUAUUAAAGAUUUACCCCCAGCCAAGUCCCCAGGAGCAGAUGACCUCACGAACGCCUAUUAUAAGACCUAUGCAGAAGUACUAGCUCCCCAUUUGCUGAAGGUAUACCUUGAGGCCACCACCAGCAUAUGCUCCUAGCCACAAUUAUUACAAUUCCCAAACCUGAUAAAUCCGCUGAUGACUGUAAGAAUUCUGUCUGAUCUCCUCCUAAAUACUGACGAGAAAUUAUAUGCGAAAAUCUUGGCGAAUAGACUGAGCCCAGUACUACCAAACCUCUUAGCUAGUGAUCAAACACGGUUUGUUAGGGGGAGACAGGGAUCAGAUAAUACCCAUAAACAUUCACUUAUAUAUGAGCAGCUCCAGGGAUCCAGCCGAGGGGGUCUACUCCUAGCACUAGAUGAAGAAAAGGCGUUUGACCGCCUUGGUUGGCCCUUCCUGAAACACACCAUGACCAAAUAUGGAUUUCCCAGCAGGUCGUAACACAAAUAUUUGCCCUGUACUCUGCUCCCAUGACUCGAGUCAUGCAGUCUGGGUUCCUCUCUGAACCCUUCAAGAUCACAAACUGGACUAGACAAGGGUGCCCACUGUCCCACCUACUAUAUGUGCUGGCAUUGGAGCCCCUGCUCGCUGCAAUAAGGGAUCACCCUAGCAGGCUGUCGUGUCUAUCCUCCGUGAACAAUAUCCCUUUGACUGGAGGAAAGAUAACCUUACGUAGGCCUACUCUUAACCAAAAAUGCAACGGAAUUAUAUACAGGGAACCAUAUAAGGGUUUAGAAUGAGUGCAAACAAAAUCUCAAGCGCUUGGCACCGUUAUACCUGACAUGGACGGAAUUGUGGCAUUCAAGAUGACCAUCCUGCCCAAAUUGCAAUAUAUGUUCUGUACCCUACCUAUUACGGUCCCGAACAUGUUUUUCAAAAUGGUCCAAAGAGACACAAAUAGCUUUAUAUGGACAGGAUCCAGACCAAGAGUAGCUAAUGAAAAGCGGGUGGCCUGGGGAUCCCUGACAUAAAAGCCUACUAUCAUAGGCUUAAUGUGGCUGCCUAAACUGCAUAGAUCACCCCUGCCCACAUCAUCUAACCUAAUAGCACUAAGCCUGCAGAUGUGGGACAUACACAGAUCCGCACUUAGCUCCCAGACCCCUAUCUCACCAGCUACUCCAAUAGCAGACCUCCCGUAUUGCAUACCUACCUUUCAUACCAAACCAUGGCAAGAUAAGAAGCUGACACACUUACACCAUAUUCAUCCUUGAGGGAAACUAUUAGAUAUUCCAUACCUAAGAGACACACAUGAGUUAUUGCAGGCCUCACAAUUUUCAUAUAUGCAAUUGAAAUCAUUCCUAAAUAAGACACUGCCUGCUAACCCACACCCUGAGCACAAGGAACAGAGCAUUACACUCUGGGAAAAAAUUUGUAUUAAUGGGCAAUUACCACCUACUUGUAAGCCCAUCUCCAUGUGUUACAAAAGGAUUGUGGAUCACCUACCAUUCCCCAAAAUGAGAAUAGCACAGCAAUGGAACACGGAUUUGGGACUAGACAUUCCUCCGCAACAAUGGAAUGCUCUGUUUCUGGACACCGGCUGUCUGAUUAAAUCCGCCACCCUGUUGGAACAACAGAGAAAAGUAAUGUAUAGGUGGUACAUGGUACCGACACAUCUCCAUAAAAUCUGCCCAGAUAGGGCCCCCACCACCUGUUGGAGAUGUGGACUAGAAGAAGGGACAGUUCACCACAUAUGGUGGCAAUGUCCAUCCCUUUUUGGAUAUCUGUCCAAAACCUCCUUGAAAACACGACCGAACUCAAAAUACCCCUUAACCCACAGAUCUAUGUACCUAUGCUUCUCCCGUAACGGAUACCCAAAUUUAAACGAAAACUCAUUUACCAUAUGCUACUGUCAGCCCAUAAAUUAAUAGCCAGAGCAUGGAAGUCCACACAAUGCCCGUCUAUGUCUGUCUAUGCUAACCUCGGACAUAGAAAACUAACAUACUUAUGAACGUAACUUUAGUAAACUGUCUCCCUCAUCCCAGACAACCGUUGCAGCAUGGAACGCCUGGGACACAUGGAGAUCGGUCCACUCUGUACACCAGAGUACCACUAAUGUACAAUAUACGCUAUCCAUGUCAUAACAAUGUAUGUAUAAAAGGAAGCCAUUGCCACCUUUCUUGUCAGAAAUGUUGGAAGGUCUCUUCCUAGAAUCAAUACCGCAGUAGGUGAUACCCACAAAAUACUAUGUACUAUUUGUCUGCUGCACCUUCCCCUCCCUCCCUGCCUUUUUUCUGUACCCGUCCCCCCUCUAUUUGUUUGUUUCUUUGACAAAAAAAAAAAAGAAGAAAAAUUAAAUAAAUAAAAAGAACUUAAGAACAAGUACGCUCCAGAAAGAGAAUCUGGGAUCCUGUUGCAGUCACCGGGCGAGGCUGGACAUGUUGGAUUGGGCGCAUUUGAUCAUCUUGAAGUGUGGGCCUGGCGGAGCAACUUUGAUUGCUGCAGGGCUCUGGGACUCAUACCUUACCGCAAGAGAGCCUGCUGUGUGUAGUGAAUAGGCUGAUGUGCAACAUUAAUUUCUAUAGCAGAGUUUUGUUUUGUCUAAUUUAAAUAUGUAUCUGCAUAUGCAUUGGGCAACAGUGUAAUCCUGUUUUUUCUGUGGUCAUAGUACCCAGUGGCACAUUUAAGUUUACUGGUUAAUCUUAUUCUUGCUUGUUCACUUAUAAGUCUGUAUACUCUACUCCACUAGCCAUUGGUGCCAAUAUAAUGCUUUGUUUUCAUGUAGUUAUAUGUCUGACACCAUUGCAUGUCUCAUAUGUGCUAUACUUCUUAAUCGAUCUAUAAUGCUAGUUUUAUACCAGACAGUUUUCGUCUUAUCUAACCUAAGCUUGAAGUUUGACAAAAAAAACUUUUUUUUUUCAAAAAUAGCACCCUGUAUGGCGUGCUCCAUGUUAUCUGUGAAUGCCAGUUUACCAUGUGCAGAAAUAAGUAAAUUGUGCACCAUAUUUAAUCUUAACACUGUCACCGUCUGGGGACUUUGUGAAUUCUGCAAACACCCCCCAUGGUAACAUUGCCGACGGGGGACAGGUAAAGGUGAGUUUUACUUAUCUAAACCUGACCCUUAUGGGUGCUGCCAUCUUUUCUUUAUGGGUCCUCUUCAGCUUAAGCGGCAGGAGCCGAGUCACUGUUGCUCUCUCGCUCACGUGCAAGAGUACAGCUUUGAGGUCUAUGGAUGAUACAGAGAGAGCGCAGGUUCCUCUAUAGACAGACAAUUCCCUGCAGCCAUUGCUGGUGAUGACUGGGACGAAUUUACAGAGAAAAGGUGCAGGCACACCAAUAGCUUCAGGCAAGUUUAUUGGAACACUGCAACAUCCCGACCCAGAAUCGGGUCUUUUGACACAUCUAAACGAUGGUCCCUACUUUGUCUCAGUAAAUCUCUUGACUGGGUUGGAAUUUUGGUGAAAUUCCAACACAGUCAAUGUGAGUAUUUCAUAAAGAUUCAAUCUUUACGAAAUGCAAAUUUUUCGGGGAGGGUUGACCGUGCCGUUUUAACAACUAUUGUUCCCACUGUGCCUCUUGAAAUACAGGGAGUGCAGAAUUAUUAGGCAAAUGAGUAUUUUGACCACAUCAUCCUCUUUAUGCAUGUUGUCUUACUCCAAGCUGUAUAGGCUCGAAAGCCUACUACCAAUUAAGCAUAUUAGGUGAUGUGCAUCUCUGUAAUGAGAAGGGGUGUGGUCUAAUGACAUCAACACCCUAUAUCAGGUGUGCAUAAUUAUUAGGCAACUUCCUUUCCUUUGGCAAAAUGGGUCAAAAGAAGGACUUGACAGGCUCAGAAAAGUCAAAAAUAGUGAGAUAUCUUGCAGAGGGAUGCAGCACUCUUAAAAUUGCAAAGCUUCUGAAGCGUGAUCAUCGAACAAUCAAGCGUUUCAUUCAAAAUAGUCAACAGGGUCGCAAGAAGCGUGUGGAAAAACCAAGGUGCAAAAUAACUGCCCAUGAACUGAGAAAAGUCAAGCGUGCAGCUGCCACGAUGCCACUUGCCACCAGUUUGGCCAUAUUUCAGAGCUGCAACAUCACUGGAGUGCCCAAAAGCACAAGGUGUGCAAUACUCAGAGACAUGGCCAAGGUAAGAAAGGCUGAAAGACGACCACCACUGAACAAGACACACAAGCUGAAACGUCAAGACUGGGCCAAGAAAUAUCUCAAGACUGAUUUUUCUAAGGUUUUAUGGACUGAUGAAAUGAGAGUGAGUCUUGAUGGGCCAGAUGGAUGGGCCCGUGGCUGGAUUGGUAAAGGGCAGAGAGCUCCAGUCCGACUCAGACGCCAGCAAGGUGGAGGUGGAGUACUGGUUUGGGCUGGUAUCAUCAAAGAUGAGCUUGUGGGGCCUUUUCGGGUUGAGGAUGGAGUCAAGCUCAACUCCCAGUCCUACUGCCAGUUCCUGGAAGACACCUUCUUCAAGCAGUGGUACAGGAAGAAGUCUGCAUCCUUCAAGAAAAACAUGAUUUUCAUGCAGGACAAUGCUCCAUCACACGCGUCCAAGUACUCCACAGCGUGGCUGGCAAGAAAGGGUAUAAAAGAAGAAAAUCUAAUGACAUGGCCUCCUUGUUCACCUGAUCUGAACCCCAUUGAGAACCUGUGGUCCAUCAUCAAAUGUGAGAUUUACAAGGAGGGAAAACAGUACACCUCUCUGAACAGUGUCUGGGAGGCUGUGGUUGCUGCUGCACGCAAUGUUGAUGGUGAACAGAUCAAAACACUGACAGAAUCCAUGGAUGGCAGGCUUUUGAGUGUCCUUGCAAAGAAAGGUGGCUAUAUUGGUCACUGAUUUGUUUUUGUUUUGUUUUUGAAUGUCAGAAAUGUAUAUUUGUGAAUGUUGAGAUGUUAUAUUGGUUUCACUGGUAAUAAUAAAUAAUUGAAAUGGGUAUAUAUUUGUUUUUUGUUAAGUUGCCUAAUAAUUAUGCACAGUAAUAGUCACCUGCACACACAGAUAUCCCCCUAACAUAGCUAUAACUAAAAACAAACUAAAAACUACUUCCAAAAAUAUUCAGCUUUGAUAUUAAUGAGUUUUUUGGGUUCAUUGAGAACAUGGUUGUUGUUCAAUAAUAAAAUUAAUCCUCAAAAAUACAACUUGCCUAAUAAUUCUGCACUCCCUGUAAUUAAAUCAGUGUUUAAAUUUUGGCAUUCAGAAUAUGCAGGUAAUGUGCUUUGUAAUCUUAAAUGGACAAUUUUAUUGUUGUAAUGUUCUUUUUUUUCUUUUUUGUUAUGCAUUAUUUUUAACAGUUUGACCAUAUUUUUUUUCUCACAGAAUCUUCCUGCUGACAUCAAAGAAUCCAUAACGGAUAUCAUCAAAUUUGUGUUGCAAAGGGAAUAUGUGAAGGUAAAGUGUAUUGAGAUUGAAUGUAUCAUUUCUGUAUUCAGGGCUAGAAGUCUAGGAGGUUAAUCCCUGUCUGUUGAAUUUGGUAAUCAGUGUCUGCACCCAUUGUAUUUAAGUUGAUUAGAUGCUGCCUUAAACUACAGUUGCUUUAGAGAAUGUGUUGUGUAAUAAUUUAUAUAUUUUAGUUUUGUACGUCUCCGUGGUUAAAUAUUACAAUAGCAUAAUCAGAUUGGACGUUUUCCCAAGUGGGCAUUUUGCGAGCAAAAAUAUAGAUGGGGAUGGUGGAGUUGCAGUUUGACUUGGAGAAUAAUACUGUCAACCAAUUUUAAUUUCAGUUAAAAAUUAAUUAUUUUUGUGCGUAUAACCAAACCUGUUUAAGCAAUAAAUGUGACAACUAGGCAAAUGUUCUGAUACAUUUCUGAAACUACAUUCGUUUUGACCAAAUUCAGACAAACAAAUAUUUCUCAAACAUGUUUGACAUUUUUCACCUGUUAAUUUAAAAGAAUAUAGACCACAUUCAAGUAUUAUUUAUUUAAUAAAUAUAUAUACACACACACAUACAUACAUAUACACACACACACUGUAUGUGUCCAUCACAAAUCAUUUUUGUUUUUUUUCCUCUAUGCACUAAUGGUUUCCUUUUGAAUUACUGGAAAUUUUAAUCCUAUAGGGUAGUGAAAUGUUUGCUUAAUUCUGUUAACUGUUUUUGGCACCCUCAUGCCGCAGUAGGAACUAUCACUAAUUACAACCAAUCAAAGACAGCAUAGAACAUUCUUUGUAUGUCUUGGCUCUGAUUUAGUUUUGACAUAUGGGCUGAGCUAGAGUUAAUAAGCAGCGGAAACCAAUCUAAACUAGCAUCUCAAAUAUAUGUCUGGAAACGCUCUGCUGUGCAUGUUCUAUUCCAGUGUCUUUCUGGCUCAGGAGCAAUAGUUAAAGCAGCAUGUGUAAUUUAGAUAGCGAGAAAUGGGGUACUGUUCUUCUUAAACCUUGAAGUAUGAUGGAGAAGGAGGAAAGCAAAUAAUUGCAUGUUACUAUGUGGUAACACAUACUUCCAAGAAAUGCCAAUGCAUAAAUUAAGACAUUUUGCUUUUCUGUCUUUUGAAAGACCAAACCACAUGUAGUGUAUAAGUAAUAUAUACAAGAUGAUGUUUUUCAUUAAACCGUAGACUGUAGUGAAUUGAAAACCACGAUGCAAAGUUUUGGCUAAUAUAGGGCAUCUUCAAAUAAUUUUUCUAUAUCAACGAUAAGCACAGCCCAUUGUAUUAGUUAUGGUGCUGGUAGGCUGGUUGUGCCAUCUCCAGUUCCGUCAACUCCUUUCAAGUUGUUUGACACAAAUGUAAGAUCCCUGGGCACCUGGGGUCUGGCCAUUCAGUCUCCAUAUUGAUAAUGUAGGUGUGGGUUUUUUUAAGCAAUGAUUGUUUCAUCUAAAUUCAAGCAUGUAAAAACUGGUGAUUAAUUCUGCAUAUACAUGGGUGACAGCAGGAAUUUUUCGGGAGGGGGGACAACGACAAUAUUGUAAUGACAUCCAUGCUUGGUCCCUUUUUGACAGUGUCAUGAAAGGGAAGGGGCAUAGUCAUUAUCACAUAAAGCCAGGGUAAAUAGCGUUUUCACAACUAUGGUGUCAGGAAUACAUGUUUGUAUUCCUGACACUAUAGGGUUCCUUUAAGCAAAUUAAAGGAACAUUCUGGUCACCAUAACAACUUCAUCUAAAUGAAAAUGCUAUGAUGCCAGGAAGCCCCUGGGUGCUUUCUUUCCUUUAAGGGGUUAAACUGCUCUCAAAUGGUUUAACCCCAAAGGCUUCCUCCAGCUCCAGAUCUCCAGGUCGCUCAGUGGUAUUCUGCUUCUGAAACGGAGUGUCAGUAAGUGCAGAUUGACGUCAGGCAUGGGUGCUGCAGAUUGGCUAGAGUGGUCAGUUGAUGCUCUAAGCCAAUCGCUAGUUCCAGUUCAUAAAAAUAUUUUACUUUUUUUAUUUAGAUAUGCAAUAUAAAGCCAAGCCCCCACACACAGUUUGUAGUCUGGAAGGAAGAAGGGCCAGGACAAAUUAAUAUUUUACAAAUAUAUAUUUUUUAUUUUAUUGACAUUUUUUUUGUAGAAAGAUAGGCAGGCAGAACUGUGUAAAAAAUAAAAAUAAAAAAACCUUUAAAAAAUUAAUCCCCUCUUUAUCCUUCGUCUUACUAUAAAAGUCCCUAAAAUCAACAAUGCCCCAUCUGUCUGCCAGCCCUUGACAGGGUGGGUAGGUAGGACUUUUUAUUUGAUGGUCAAGGUGAGGCAACUGCAGCCGGGGAGAGCUCUUCUGGAGUGCAGCUGUGCAAGUGGGCAUGGCUCUUCCCUCUUCAAGCAUGGAACACUACCCAGGCGACUGUGUUCCACACAUUUAUUGCUUCCACCCAGUACGUGCCGGAAGUGGCUUGAGUGUGCACAAGCGCACCGCUGGAAGAUACUUCAAGAAGAACAAAUUUUCUGGUUGCGACGUGUUACACUUAGAAAUUGUGGUGUGCUACGUGCAUGUGCAAUCUCUGCACUUUGGUGCUGAAUACCAAUAGGAAGACCUUGGAGACUAUUUAAAUACAGCCACAACUACCUGACAGCCAGAUGCUGUUCGGCUAUGUUGUAGGUGUGCUCGUAUCAGUCCUCCAACCCACCCAGAGGUAAGGUUUUUAGACUUUCUAGUAUGUCUAAUCCUGGAACUUCAGAGAAAUCUAUGGAGAAAGGUUCCUCUGAAGUCUAUCGAAGUCCAAAUAUCUAGUUUGUGCAUCCUGCAAUCAGCUCAUGUGUCUGGCCCCCUCUCCUCUGCCUCCUUACCUCAUGGUCCUAUGCCGUGUUUUAAUCUCUACUCACGGAGGUGCCGUGCCAGGACUCUUCAAACCUGUAACAGCCGGCCCGCCUCCACCGAUGACUGGCCACAGUACUGCAGGCUCAGGCGGUGCGCAGCAACGCAGCUCUGCUCUGAACUCCAUUCCCUCAUGGCAGAGCAACAAGGGUGAUCUAGGGCGCACGUGCGACACCUUCUUAAAGGUACAGAAGGGGAACCAAAAGGAGGCAGAGUUACGGUAAAUGGACAUACCUCUUCUCCCUGUUUAAACACCACUCCUACUAGUACUCAUUGCUCAGUUAUACUGUGCUCCUGUUGUGUUAAGACCUUCAGUGACUACUCUGCUGUAUCCUCUAUUGACCCUUGCCUGAUUCAUCCCUCCUAAACCUGUGCUUGCCUGUUCUGACCUUUAGACUUUCCUGAUUAUUCUCAGUCUGACCCUUCUGUACUGCGAAUCUGGUUUAUGUUCUUUCAGCGCUCUUCUGCAUUGUGGACUUCGUCUACUAAGCAGUGAUCGAAACACCAUGCCAGGUGGGUUAUAAAAAGCUGAACUUGCCUCUUUCCAGUCUUCCUCUCUAGUCUCCAGCAAACCCUUUGUCACCACUACAGGGGAUGUAAGACCCUCACAGAAAAUAAGAAACAUAAGCUAAAAAUUUCUGUAGACUCAAGUUCUGAUUUCUCAGGUAACGCAUUCUCCGAAGAUUUGGAUACUUCAUCUGAUGAGGAUUUUGCCUUUCCCGAUAAAUUCUUACAUAAACUUAUUGAAGAAGUUUCUCUGUGUAUGGAAGAUAAUUUAGAUCUAGGUAAACAGAAGAAAAUUAAAUCCUUUUUUUUCACACUAAGCAUAGUCAUAUCAUGCUUUAGGAGUGGAAAUUUCCCUCCAAGAAAACAUUUAUUACCAAAUGCUCUAAAACUAUAUUUUCUGUUAACGAAUAAGAAAAUAAGAGCUUCCGAAAAUUGAUGUACCUAUUGCACAGCUAGGCAAGAAAACCACUCUGCGUAUUGGAGACUCAAGUGAGUUGCAAAAUGCCAUGGACAAGAAAGCGUAAACUACUUCAAGAAAAAUGUUUUUAUCUAAUGCAGCACCAAGUAAUUGAUUACAGGUUCAUCUGUAGCUAAAUCACUACGCCAGUUAUUGGAUUCACUUAAAAACGUAAUUAUCUGGAUACUGUCAGAUUUCUUUAAAAUAUCAGGAUAUCGUCUAAUUUCUUGACAGACUCAACUGCAGAUGCCCUUAAACUGGCGGCCAAAUCAACAGGACUUUCUACAGUAGUCAGAAAGGCUCUCUGGCUGAGAGGUUGGUAGGCAGACACUUCAUCCAAACACUCCUUAUGUGACGUGCUGUUCAAACAAAGUAGAUUGUUUGGUUCUCAACUGGAUGAUCAUCUAAAACAAAUGGCAGAAAGGAAAAAAGGCACUUCCAGAAGAGAAAAUGUUGGAACAAGAGAUUUACAUACAGAGAUUAUUUUCACAGGAUCAGUUCAGGCUACUAUCAGGAUCAGUUCAUGGCACUUUCUACAUUUAAACGCCGCAGGCGCCCCCAACAACAACCCUGGCACACCAAGUACACUCGAUACCUCCAAAAAUGCUCUAGAACUUCUGAACGCUGUUGGAGAAAGUCUCACUGUGCGUCUGACUUUCUCCACUAUAAAUUUAUGCUGCGCUCAUACAGCUUGGCUCUUUCCUCUGCAAAAGUAAAUUACUUCAAUACCCUCAUAACCACACUCUCCCGCGAACCCAAAUGACUAUUUCACACAUUUAACUCUCUUCUUCGCCCUGUUGUUCCUCCUUCACCUACUAACUUGACCGCCUCAGACUUUGCAAACCACUUCACUGACAAGAUCUCUACAAUCAGGGAAGAGAUCUCUCAUCUAUCUUCUUCCCCUUACAAUACUUCCCCUAACUUCACUCCCUCUGCUGUUCUAUGUUCAUUCGCACCCGCUACAUUGGAAGAGGUUUCUGCUCUGCUCCAGUCCUCCCACCCCACCACCUGCUCCCUAGAUCCAAUUCCCUCGCAUCUCAUCCGUACUCUGUCUUCUUCUCUUUCUCCACCUCUCACUAAAAUUCUCAAUCUCUCUCCUCUGGUAUAUUUCCAUCGCCCUUCUAACAUGCAACUGUAACCCCAAUUCUAAAGAAGCCCAACCUUGACCCUAACUCCCCAUCCAACUACCGUCCUAUCUCACUACUGCCAUUUGCAUCCAAGAUCCUUGAAAGAAUUGUGUAUGCGAGAUUGACAGACUUCCUUGAGUCCAACUCUCUGCUAGACCCACUUCAGUAUGGUUUCCGCGCUAAGCACUCCGUGGAAACGGCACUGACCAAAGUAUCCAAUGAUAUACUCGCUGCAAAAUCUCGUGGUCACUACUCUAUCCUAAUUCUCCUUGACCUGUCUGCAGCUUUUGACACUGUUGAUCAUCAACAGCUUCUUCUCAUCCUCCGCAAUAUCAGUCUACAAGAUAUUGCUCUCUCCUGGUGCUCCUCCUACCUCUCCCAGUGCUCUUUCAGUGUUAUUUUCUCUGGCUCUCCUUCUUCUCCCCAACUCCUCUCUGUUGGUGUCCCCAAAGGUUCUGUCCUUGGUCCCUUAUUGUUCUCCAUCUAUACUGCCUCCCUUGGUAAACUCAUUGGCUCCUUUGGCUUCCACUAUCAUUUCUAUGCAGAUGACACGCAAAUCUACCUGUCCUCUCUUGAUCUCUCCCUGUCCCUCUUGACUUGUGUCUCUGACUGCCUCUCUGCUAUUUCUAACUGGAUGGCUUUCCUUAAACUAAACUUAAUCAAAACUGAAAUUCUGGUCUUUCCUUCUUCAAGUGUUGUUACUCCUGUGUCUGUCUCCCUCCAAGUCAACGGUGCUACCAUCAGCCCCACCACGCAGGCUCACUGCCUAGGUGUUCUCUUUGACUCCGACCUCUCCUUCAAGCCUCAUGUUCAGUCUAUCGCCAAAUCCUGCCAUUUCCAUCUCAAAAACAUUGCGAACAUCCGCCCCUACUUAACGCCUGAUGCGACUAAGGUGCUGGUCCAUUCCACUGUCCUUUCUUGCCUUGACUACUGUAAACAGCUUCAACGUGGUCUUACGUGCUCCCAACUUGCGCCAUUACAGUCCAUAAUGAAUGUGGGGGCGAGGCUCAUCUUCCUGUCCACCCGCACCUCCCACGCCACACCCUUCUGUCAGUCCCUGCAUUGGCUUCCUAUAAGAUAUAGAGCUCAAUUUAAAAUUCUGGUUCUUGCUUACAAAACUCUACAUAAUGCUGCUCCCACCUAUCUAUCCUCCCUUAUACACAAGUAUGUCCCGUCUAGGCCCUUAUGAUCUGCUGAAGUCUUACGUCUAUCUUCUGUCCGUACUCCCACCUCUGAUGCUCGCCUUCGAGAUUUCUCGAGGGCUGCACCGUUCCUGUGCAACUCUCUUCCCUCCUACGUUAGAUGCUCACCCAGUCUCCACUCCUUAAAAAAAUUGUUAAAAACCCACUUCUUCAUAAAAGUGUAUCAAUUGAACUGUUAAUAGUUCCCAACAGAUUCCUCUUCUGCAAUUGUCACUAGUCUAAUACUAUCCUUACCUUUUGUUGGCAUUUUACCCCACUCCCUCUAGCUAGCAUGUAAGCUCAUUGACCAGGGCCCUCAACCCCUCUGUUCCUGUGUGUCCAACUUGUCUGGUUACAACUACAUUUCUGUUCGUCCACCCACUGUAAAGCACUGCGGAAUUUGAUGGCGCUAUAUAAAUAACAUAAUAAUAAUUAUAACUAUCAAAGACUGCCCUUGGAUUGCAAAGACAAAGACAAGUUUAUAAGAAAAAGAAUGGAAAUUCUGACCCCAAGACAGUAGGAGGAAAACUACUGCAUUAUUUUGAGAAAGGGCAUGAUAUAACAGACAAAUGGGUCUGAGGGUAUCACAUAGAACUCAACAGUCUUCCUUAAAAAGGUUUCAUUUGUUCUACAGUUUAAUUUCCAAUCAUGUCAGAAAAUUUCCUUCUAGCAGUUCAAAACAGAGUUGUAGAAAAACUUCAGCCUGCAGACUACUUCAAAUGGACUUACCCCAGACAAGUUUUUUAGUCCAGAAAACAGAUUCCUUAAGACCAAUUUUGGAUCUCAAAAAAGUAAAUUAUCACAUAAGAAAGAAAAGUUUCUGUAUGGAAACCAUCCUUUCUGCUGAGUUCAAGUUUGUUAGAUCUCGAAGACUCCUAUCUAAAUAUGCCAAAGGAAAGUAAAAUGAUUUUCUAUUUCAGGCAAGCUUUUCCAUUACCAGUUCAGAAGCCUACACUUUGGUCAGGUCUCCCAUGUUUUGGGGCAUUUUGUUCAGGUUAAAAGAGAACCUUCUUACUACUACAAACCCACCAGCUUUCGGCUAGAGGGGCCAAUGAACAGCUUGAAACUCCAGAAAGUCUGCAAACUUCAGAGAACUGAAAGCAGUAUGGAUGGCUCCCUUAAAUUUCAAACACACUGCAUCAACAUGUUCAGUUUCACCCAGAGAACACCACUACAGUAGACUACGGAAACAAACAAGGAGGAAUACAUUCAUCUUCUAUGGAUUACUGAAGAAUAAUGUUGUGGGCAGAGUUAGAGUUUCCACCAAUUCAUGUGAUUCCUCGAGUUCUAUAGAAGAUAGUUUGAGACAAGGCAAAACUGGCCCAGGAGAAGCUUUUCUCUCCUCAUAAACCUGUUAAAAGGAACCUUCUUGCACCAUCUUUUGUCAAAAAACAUCUUGAUAUAUGUCUGCAUCUACAGACACUCAAGUCCUUAGGUCUAACUAUAUUCUCUUUUCAGCCAAGAGUCAACUGACAAUUGCAACUCUUAUUCCUUGCAUCCUGAGUCUUUUUUCAACUAGGAUUUGAAUCAGACUUUCAUGUUGCUUCUCUUAUUUUGGUGGCCAGAUUCUUCAAAGCAGUCUCCAAUUUGAUUCCUACUAUUUGUUAACUCACUCCCCAAAUCUCUGUUUGAACAUUUUAUAGGAAUGUCCAUUAAUACUUUUGGGGGGAAACCUCAAGCGCUAUCUGCAGUGAUUGGAGAGGGUGGGAUGUCAAAGACCUAUCCUAUCCUACACUCCCUCCACUCACCUCUAAUGCUGUACAUGGAAAAGAUGAACUAAGCAAACAAAUCAUGAAUGCCUCAGCCUAGCUACAUGAUGGGAAAGAUUUACAAGGUGUGGGGGUGGUGGUGAGUGAGCAUAUAGACAAUCAGGGAAGGACAGAAUGAAAAUGGGGUGGGGUGAAAAGAAUUGAAAAUGUGGGUGGACAGACAGAAUUGGAAGGUUGGGGGUGGUCUGACUCUCCACCUGUCAUUAUAUCGAUCACCCCAAUUUUAGUGUAUGGGCAGGGACAGAAUGAGAAUAAAGGAAAGAGAGACAGAAUGGGGGGGUUAAGGGGAACACUGAAUGUGGACUGAGAAUGGAGAGCGAACAGACUGAAAAAGGAGUUGGACUAACAGAAUGUGGGCUUAAGUGGACUAAUAGAGAUUGGGUGGGUGGGUGGACAGACAGAAUAGGAGCAUUGUGAUGGAUUGUAUGAAAAUAGCCAAAAUAACAAUAGGACUAAAAUACUGCAGAAAAUUCAAACAAAUAUUUAAAAAUAUGCAAACACCCCUUAGUGAAACUCCUUUGGUAAUAAAAGCACGUGAACCAGAGCCAAAACAACCGGCUCUGGCUUUGCAGGCUGUAAGGGAGAGAGUGAGGCCCUCUGAUAGCGAUGGAUCUUCUCUGGAUGCAACUGUUUUAUACAGGAGAGAGUGCGCAAUGAAAUCAAAAUAGUAUAAUACAGUUAUAGCACAAAAGUUAUUUAAAUAUAUAUAAAACUCUAACAUAAAAAGUUUAGUUUUUGUGCACAAAGAAACUCACAAACUGCGCAUAACAUCAUAUGGUAGAUUAUCUCGCUGUGUAUUACUAGUAUUGUGAAUGCCUCUGUCUAGGCAAUUGACACUUUAACACGAUUGAUGGCGGUAGCUCUGCCCACUGUUUAGAAGUAUCAGGUGUAGGAAAGUAGUCCAUACUUUGAGGGAGACAGUGCCUCUUUCAAGUUGCCUAGAGGUUCCCACUGAGCCAGAGGAAGAAAAUUGAUAUCUGGUAGGACUUGAAUGCAAUCUUCUCAAUCUUUUUCUUUCUCUCUCUCUCUCUCUCUUUUUUUUUUUUUUCUCCAUUAGGCAAACGAUGCCUACCUACAGAUGGCGAUUGGGAAUGCUCCCUGGCCAAUUGGUGUUACAAUGGUUGGUAUCCAUGCCCGUACAGGUCGCGAAAAGAUUUUUUCCAAGCAUGUAGCUCAUGUGCUGAAUGAUGAAACGCAACGUAAAUACAUUCAGGUAAUAUUAAUUUAACCAAUUCAAACAUUUUCUCUUCCUAUUCUUUUAUGUUCUGUUCUUCCAGGUGUCAUCUGAUUUUGUAGUUCUGGAUCUUCUCACUAGAUAUUAUAAAAAGCUUUCAAUAAAUAAUUAAACCUAUCCUCAUUAGAUUUCAUCCCUCCAUCCAAUUUUCCCAAGCAUCAUUCUAUCAUUCUCUCCAAGCCAAAUAUGUGGUCUGUACCACUGUUGCUCCUAUCACUUCCUCUUUUUUGACUGUUAAAAGACCUGAUUAUGGAAGUACCAAAGGUGGACUGUUCUGUCUGCAGUCCAAGUUGUAAAUCCAUCAGGAGACAGCACUCCAAUAUAUCCAUAAACUCCGUAAACCCAAAAUGUUGUGAAGAAAUUAAUUAAAUACCCUGCGACCUUGUGGUUUUUGUCAAGCCUGACUGUCAAGUCUAGGCUUUACUAAGUUUGCAUAGUCGAAAUUAGUCAAAAUGUUGCCACGUUAAUUUGUGGAUGAAACUGGGUUCUAGAUUGUGUCUGUCUGUCUUUUUUUUUUUUUUAAUUUAUUUUAUUGUUAUACCGCUCCUAAAUGGCAUGACAAAAGGAAAGAGUGGGAUGGGCCAAUAGAUUCUCGGUAACCUAGUGAUUACACGGAGUUGUAGUGAAACACUCUUUUGGGUGUUUUACCGAUUUUUGGAUUUUACACUCGUUUCUGGGUUUGAACCAACACAGUCCAUUGUCUACUUUUAAAAUUGGCCAUUGGACGUGUGUUUUAAGAAUUUGUACAUCUAUGGUUUUUGCCCAAGAGCAGAAGUAAUUUAAUAUGUUUGUGGAAAGAGUAAGUAUAUAUGAGGAACUCGUCAGAUGUGAGUGAUAAGCAGGUAAGAAUGUGGUAGCCCUUAUUUGUAUGUCAGGUAUACUUUGAUAUCUGCAGGGUGUGAUUUGUCAUUAGACAGAGUAGAUACCUGCCUACUGGCACCUGUCCUUUUUACAGCACUUGUGUGCCUGCCUUUUUGGAGUUUGGCUGGUCUUGCAGGUGAGAUAAAUUUCAGCAGUGCCCUCGGUGGUUUAGCCAUCUUCCUAUACUUAAUAACAGAGCAGCAUAAACAAUUGCUCCUCCAGUGUCUGUGUAUGAGGUUGUACAGGACAUGGAAAGUGUCACUAACCAUCUGCCCACUAACAGCCUCUCAGAAAGGAAACACCUUGAAGGAGAAGCAGGGUCAGGACUGAGUUAUGUGCACUAUAUAGCAGCUCCUGCUGUUCUACCAUCAAAAAUAGGAGAAUGAGUAGGUUGCAAAUAAACCGUCAAACUCCACAUACCUGUACCCUAAACUACUCUUAAAAAAUAAACCCCAAUACUAAAUUUAAUCACACUCUAACCUUAAAACUUAUCGUUUUAAAAAACCCUCAUACCACAAUUAUAAACCUCUCUCAAACCUUUAAUUCUCUUAAAGGGACACUGUAGUCACUAUAACCACUUUGUCUCUUUGAAUUGCCACAAAAAAAAGAGUCCCUGGACACCCACAGUCCAGCCCCUUCUGUAUGUGUAGCUAAGGCAGAGAUUACACACUUCCUUGUUGUCAUACCCAUUCAUACCAUCAGUUGGAGCUCUGACAGGUUAAAAGCAGUCAGCUGACACUCUCAGCCAAUCACAGCUGACCAUUGCUGCUCAGGGUAAAACUUCCUUAUUAGCCAAAGCACCACAGAGGGGAUGGAUUGCCGGGGACUCUUGUUUAGCAUUAAAACAUUACAACAUUAAAAACUGUUUAAUGCUGAAAGAAAUGAUGGCACCAGGGGACUCCAUACACUAUAACCAGUUUAAUGAGAUGAAGCAGAUACAGUGCUUACGGUGUCCCUUUAACACUAAAAAACCUGCUCCCCUGCACACACUUUACCCUUACCAUUCUAACUUUAUCUUUCCACUGCAUACAGGUACUAUACUAACAGAUUCCAACAAAGGCCUUGAGUUAAUAAGCUUUCCAAAUGAUUCAAUACUGUUCGAAAAUUUUUGCAAAUGAUUUAUCUACAGAAGCCACCAUUAACCCCUUAAGGACCAAACUUCUGGAAUAAAAGGGAAUCAUGACAUGUCACACAUGUCAUGUGUCCUUAAGGGGUUAAAGUCUAUGUGGAUUUUUGUUGCUGAAUCAUUUGAAUGUUUUUUUUCUAACAGUAUUGAAUCAUUUGUAAAACGUAUUAAAUAGAGGCCAUAAUACAUUACAAAAAUAAAAAUAUCCACAUCUAGUUGUGCAGUUUUCAAAUUAAGUAUUUUUCUCAUGCUGUUUUUAUGAAUGGGGAUCUACUGAUUGCCUUACAGCGUCAGCUGGUUUCUUGAGCAAUCAAUAGCACCCCUGUCUGAGGCAUAAGGACAGGAGCAGAGAUAAAGGCACUGAAGAAAAGACUUUAGGGUUAAACUGUUUGUGAACAGUUUAACCCCUUAAGAUACGCCAGCGCUUCCAAUGAAGAUGUUAUGGUGCCAAGAGUGUUCAUUUAAAUGUUCAUUACAUCCUAAAUGUAAACAAAACAUUUAGCUCAAUGAUAGAUGUUCAAAAGAUUUAAUUCCCUUUUACUGGGCAAUGCAUUGGAAUGUACUGUACCUUUUAAAAGAACAGCGCAUAACAGAUUUUAUAAUGACUUAAAUUCUUUCUAUCCGCUCUAUAUACCCAAUACCCACCCUCUUUUUCAUUGUUUCAUACAGAAAACAUUCUGCUUUUGUAAGUUCUAAUUAAUCAGAAGCUACAAUCUAAAGCAAUGUUUGUAAUUGCAUUGUGUGCUUUAUAAAUUAAUUAGUGGUGGCAGAGGAAGUUUGAUGAAAUAUCUCAGGAACGUUUGUGCUCUCAAACUGGCUGAGGCUUGCUGUAGUGAGUUCACAAAAGGAAAGUUGGGUGAGGCGACACAUACUAUUUAUGGUAUGUUUGGUAUUUAACGAGUUAUGCACUUUGAAUUCUUUUCUGGAAGUUUACACCUUCUUUGUAUACCAGAAUAUUUCUGGAAGAAAGCAACAACACUAGUAAUUUAGGUAUUUAAAAUAUACAUUCUAUUAUUUGUGUCUUGGCCUAAAGGGAAUUACAAGUGUUCUCUCAUAGUUGGUGUGAGAGAGACCAGGAUAUAUUGUAGUAAUUAUUUUAAAUUCUUUCUUUUUACGGGCAUGUGCGUCACAACUUCCACAAGAACAUGUAAAGUAAGUCGACAAAGCAUUAUAGAUACAAAUGGCAGAGAUAAGAAGAUUCCCUGCUUUUGUUUUUGAACAUAAAGACAGCAGCUUAUGAAACUUUUGCAGAAUAGGGAUAAUAAUGCAACACAGAGCCAGCUAACCUAAAACCCCACAAUAAUUGAAGCGUAAAAGUGGAGGCUACAAGAAAUAGGAGGCCUAAGGGGCCACAUAAUACAUUACAGAACUAAAUUUGGCGAGGGCGUAGAAAUUCUUGUUAAGCAGAAAAGAGACUGUUAACCAGGGCUCCAAUAAGCUGGCCACUUAACAGUGGCCACCAGGGGGUGGGAUGUUGUAGAACACUAAGAGCAGUGCAUACAAGGGUUCUGUAGAACCAUCAAGAGAAAUACAAGUUACAAAUCAUAGCUUAUGAAAUUAAAGCAAACCUCUGAGUUGCCCAAAACAAAAUCCAGUAGCAGGAUUAAAGCUGCAGAGCAUCCUGUCGAUCUAUGUCUUUAAAUUGUUGUGGAACAAAUGCACAAAUAUUGGCUACAUCGCAACUGGAAACCACAGGAUCCACUGCAGGUGCAACACCAGAGGGAGGUGAAGGUGAGAUUCCCAAUGAUUGCAGAAAAGCUGUAGAUUCAGUUAAAGAAGCAUCCUGCCUUUGAAAGCUGCUAGAACUUUGUGCUUGCAUUAGGAUACUUGGAAUCGAAUAAUGACAUCUCCUCUAUCCAAACUGCUUCUCCUAGACCUUGAUCAUUUAAAUUUACUUUUUGGCUCUGUCAACUAAUGUAUCCUUUCUUAAACUCAGGGCUGAAAAGAGAGUACAUAGGUUUCUUUGUCUACCUGUCUGAGGCCUGUACCUUGAUCUUCAGUAGGUAAUGGUAGACUCUGAACAUACAUCACUGGGAAGGUGCUCUGGAUCACAGACCCACCUUCCUCUAAGGGGGUUGAGAGCUAUUACCCUGCAGGCGCCAUCUUGGGCCUUUGUGGCCUGAUGAACAAAUAGCCAUAUGUGAAAAUGUAUUAGUCUUUCAAAUGUUUCUCGGUAGUGUCUGGGAAUGCCAGAUAAAUUGCAGUGAGGUUUGUAGACAAGUAGAGGCAGUAAAAAAGCCCUUAAUAAAGCAAAAGUUGCAGAGCUCAUAUCCUUUUGCUAAAGUGCCAGUGCAAGUAUUUUCUAUAUUGCCAACUGGUUUCACACAAGGCAAUUGGGGUGGAAAUAUUGAUUAGGGAGGGAGAGAGUGGGAAGUAAAGCUGUACUCUCUAUUCAAACUUGAUGAUCUUAGCCAAUCCAAUGCUUUCCCAAAGUAUGCUUGUUUAUAAUGUUAAUGUUCCUCCAUUUUUAGGUUUUUGUAAGUAAACUAUUUGACCAUACAAACACUUGUUGUAGUCUGUAGAAAACUGACUCAUAAUAUUAAUGUGUGUAAAGUGACAGCGCUUCAAAGCCCUUUGUUACGUCAUUUUAGCACUAUUCUGAUAACAUAUCUAAAUGUGUAAGACAAUAUGUUUGAAGAAUAGCUCAGCUCUCUACAAACUUUAUUUACAAGCCCAAUCAGAAGCUUAAAGGACACCUGAGCUCAUAUAGUCUGUAUGUUAUAAAGGUAUCAAAACUGUUGUUUUUUGUUUCAGACAGCAGUUAGCAUGGUUAAUUGUUAGGACCACUGGUGGCUUCAGACAUUUGCAGCUUGAUAAAUUUUCCCUCAGUGUCUUGGGAGCAAACAUAGGCUGUAACGUGCCUUUAAAACAGACAGUAGUAAUAUGCUUGCCUUUCUUUCUCCAGGGGCUGAAGAGAUUAAUGACAAUUUGCCAGAAGCAUUUUCCAACGGAUCCUUCAAAGUGUGUGGAAUACAACGCGUUGUGAAAGUGAUUUUCUUACAUUAUAUACAUAUUGUACUAGAGAGCUUCUUGGAUCUCCUGCCAAAUAAUGUUGGGAAUAGCACCAUAGCCAACACCCAAACAACUCUGGCUUUCAGCGUUUCUGUUUUAUAGAAAUGUGUGCUAUUUCAAACCAUCAAAUAAUGACUCAAGCACGUUUGUGUUUAAUGUGAGCCAGUAAGAGAUCAUUAUUUAAACUAUCUACAUAAAUACUAUCCAAGUAUUUCUUUUAUGUAGAAUUGGAUUGUCAAACAAAAAAUUUGAAAAAUAAAUGGUUUCUGACCUUGGCCACCUUUUGAGUGUCAUGUAUAGAGUUGCAUUUGAUACAUUCUCUCUGCAGUUUCCUUUAGUCUAGUGACAUCUGACUUUCCACAAGUGUUUUAAGCCACAAUGAAUGUUUAUUGGAUUAUGUUUGUAGACUACACUUUGGGAAUGGCACGAUGUAAUUAAUGAUGUGUCUUCACAGCAGUACAAAUCACUAAAACAAGCCAAAUUUAGGAUUAUUACAAUUAACUUAAACCUACAACUUUACAACUGCCUAGAAAUUAUAAAAAUUUAGACAAAAAACUCAAACCACAAUUCUUUUUCUCUGUUUAAUGUUCACUCAUUCAUUUUCUGGCUAUAUUGUUUGUGUUAAAAAAAACAAAAAAACUACGUAUGUAAAUGAUUUAGCAACAUGGCAAAAAGUUGGUUUGUUCUAAGGAACAUUUGUAAAGGGGACAAAACUGGUACAACUCUAGGAAUCGGAUAUAACUUGACAAUGACAAUGUGAAUAACAAUUCGAACAGUUCAUUUCUAAUAUACACUGUUGGUCCAUCACACGUUUCCCACCUGUCAGAAACAGACAGAGGAUUGGUACUACCAUGUUUUGUGAUGGUAAUCUAUUUCUCGUACAGGACUGUAAUUACAAGAAUUUACUAAAAGAAGUCGAGUCCCAAAGAGAGAUCUAAAAAUCAAAAAAAGCCUUGAAAACAUAACCCUUAUUGGGUAUAACCAUUAAAGAUUUACAUCAAAAUACGAAAAGUAUGUAUACACAAAAUAAAUGUGAUUUGUGAACUGUGACCUAUAGGAAAAUAUACAUGGGGAUGCUUGAACUUGCUACCAAGCCAGUGUACCAUAUGGGCUACCAGUGAAAGCCUACAGACUUAGAGUAAUAAGGCCAGAAAAGGAGCAGAAAAAUAAAUCUUUAUGUAUAAAGUGGACAGUUGCUAAAUUAAAAUUUAAAUAGAGGCUAUAUAAUACCUCCACAGUAUGAAGCUAUAUACACAGCGGCAGAGUUUGAAAUCAAGUUACCAGCAUAAGAUACUAUGUCCCUUCCUCAAAAUUAACAAAGUACAUCUGAACAUAAAAUACAUCAUCAUUUAGUAGACUAGUGAAAUAAGAUAGAUUGCAACCUAAUCAUGAAAUUAACAAAAAACACCCACUGGGAAUACCAAAGACCACAAAAUAUAUAGUAAUAAAUAAAAUAUCACAAAUCCCAGCUAGGUAGUAUGGGUAAGUGUUAGGAGCCAGUCACAAAAUAAUGAAGUGUUUGAAGGCCGUUGGACGUUACAGUAUAAUAAACCGUGUUCUACUAUAAUGUUUGUCUAUCAAUGAUGCCUAUAUAAGCCAUCAUGCUGGCACUACUACCCCCGUAUCCCAGUGAGACUUCCCCAUGCUGGUACAAGUGAGAUAAAAACAACUAAAGAUCGAAGCACCUUUUUAUCCCGUCAAUCAAACAUAUUUUUUAAGUUGCCCCACAAGAGCUUUACAUAGCUUUAUGUAUAUUAAUCCAUCAAUAGGCAUAUCUACGACUUAACAGAUUUCUACCCAUCUGUUUAAGCCUGAUUUAUCCAUUCAUACUUAAUAUAGUCUGAGUCUAUCAGCAGAAUUAUUAGCAAUCGCUUUAUUAAGUGCAUUCAGAGGAGGGGGCAUGCUGUAUUGACAUCUUGUUUUGAUUGGUGGGAUGACCUUAGUAAGGGGCAACCCUCACUGCUUUAAAUUUAGGAGCAUGUCUGGUGCAGCUGUCAGUGGCAGUAGAUCCAGAUGAAGGCGCCAGCGUGUGCCAACAUGCGCAUCGAUAUUUAAGAUUUUUAAUCUCACAUAGGGAAGUCUCUAUGAUACAGGGAUAGGGGGUAGUAGUGCCAGCUUGUAUAGUUCACCAGUGGGAUGGUGAGAUAGGCGAGCAUUAUAGUAGAUUACAUUUCAGAAUAUGGUUAUGUCUCAGUUGGCUUUCAAACACUUACCCAUAUUUCCUAGCUAGUUCACUUUGUGCUGCUGGCAUUUCUGCUAUUUUAUAUGUAUUGGUCUUUACUUUAUGGCAGGGCUUGACAAAUUUGAUUCUAGGAGCCAGCUAAAGAAGUUAGGAGCCAGAUUUUUUUUAAAAACUUGCAUAGCUUUAUAUUCAACGACAAAAAUACAAUUCUUAAAGGGACACGAUAGUCACCAGGACCGCUACAGCUUAAUAUAGUGGUUCUGGUGUCUAUACCCUGUCCCUGCAGGCAUUUCAAUGUAAACACUGACGUUUCAGAGAAAAAGCAGUGUUUACAUUUCUUCCUAGUGACCGUUACUCAGAAGGUGGGAUAAAAAGGUGAGUAAAAACGCCAUUCCCUUGCGAACAGAAGGGGUCUGGUAACCUACACACACACACUUCAUGAUACACCAUGACAGACAGACACAUACCAUGACAGACACACACACACGUAUACCAUGACAGACAGACACAUACACUCACACACAUACCAUGACAGACACACAUGCAUAUCAUGAGACACACACACACCAUGAUAGACAGACAUACACCAUGACAGACAGUCCUAUACAUGCACACACCAUGACAGAUACACACACACACACACCCAGUGACUUACCGGAGUCCAGCGCCGAUGUUCCUCAGCACUGGUCAGGCUCCGCCUACUCUCCUCCCUCGCCAACAUCAACCGGCGGGGGAGACAUAAUGCUCAUGCGCAGCAAUGUAUGUGCAUUAGACCUCCCCAUAGGAAAACAUUCAAUGCUUUUCUUUGGGGACGCUGACAGACAGCCACUAGAGGAGGACUUAACCCUGCAAGGUAAAUAUUGCAGUUUAUGAAAACUGCAAUAAUUACACUUGCAGGGUUAAGGUUAGUGGGAGUUGGCACCCAGACCACUCCAAUUGGCAGAAGUGGUCUGGGUGCCAGGAGUAUCCCUUUAAGUUGCAGACCACUAUUUGCCUGCUCUGUCAAUUACAACAAUUCAUGUACAAUAAUCUGAGUCCAUCAUAUCUUAAUAUUUUCAAUUUAUUUGCAUAUUGCUGUUUUCUCCUCUUACAGAGCUACUUUGUUGCUUUUGAGGAAGGGACAUAGUAUCUUACGCUGGUAAUUUACUUUCAAUUUCUACAGUUGUGUAUCAUGACAAGGGUACAUAAUUCAUUGUUGCACUAUAGAAUAAAAACUUGAAUUCCUCUUUGGCAGUUGUGACUUCAACCAUAGCUUCUGCAUGGUGUUGUUUCUAAAUCUAGCUUCAAUGUAAACUAACUGGCUAAUCUACCAUAUGCCUAUAUCCCAUCCUAUUGUAUUUAUUUGAUACGCUAAGUGGCCAUUGCAUUCUAGUGUCAUAUCAAAAAGAAACAUUAAUUCUAAGCCACAUAUGAAUAAUCAUGCCUCCUUUUGUGCAUAAUUAGAAUGGGGUAAGCACAAACUACAAAAAUAAUAUAAAUAUGGCUAGUGCAGCUUAAGUCAUUUGGAAGGAAUUUUGAAGUCGGUUGUAUUAGGUCACAAGUAGGAAGUGUAACAUAUGUAUGGAAAACUUGCAACAAAUUCAAAGAUACAAUCAUUUAUGUGACAAGCACAAAAGAGGAAAUGAAAUUAAAUCAAAAUUUUCUAUUUGGAAUGAUGUUGGUCUGAAAUACAAGGGGGAGGUCACUUAUUUUUCUGUAGGUACACCUUCCCUCCACCAAUACCACCACUGGGAAACUUGAGAUGAAUACAGGAGGUAUAAAUCUAAUGAUGGGCAAAUGUCUUAUGAAGGGCAAAGAUCUAAUUUUGUAUGAGUCGCCAUCUUUCCUUGCUGGAGUCUCCACCAGGCAGAAGACAUUGCUACUUUUAUAAUCUAAGUGAGUAAUUUCCAGUCUAGUGCAGACAAACUGUGAAUUUUAACCGUUUCACCGCCAGAACCAAGUUGCGCGCACACUUUGAGUAGGCUGCAUUCGUGACACUGUGUAUAUAACCUCCAUUUAAAAUUUAAAUUGUGCAAUUAUUUCUGCUUUAUACAUAACAUUUAUUUUUCUGCUUUGUAACUCCUCUUAUGGCCUUAUUACUAUAAAGUCUGUAGGCGUUCACUCAGAGCCCAUAUGAUACAUAGGACAGCAACUUCAACCACCCCCCAUGUAUAUUUUCCUAUAUGUCACUGCUCAAAUGUCACAUUUAUUUUGUGUACAGUUAGUUUUUGUGCUUUGAUAAGCUCUUUUAAUUGUUAUACCCAAGAAAGUUCACUGGAUUGUUUGAUUUCUUUUUAGGGCUUUUUUAAAAGUAUUUUUAUUUUGGGUUAGAACCUAUCUGCCUGUCAGCUAUGCAAUGGUCACUUUACAAGUGGUAAAUUACAAGAACAUUAUCACCUUAUGUACAGCUUUACAAUAUUGUUACCCACAUGAGCAUGCUGUAUGGGUUUGAAAACAGGAUAAUUUACUAAAGCGAAUUUCAAAUUUAAACCCUUAGGGGCUUGUCUUACGCUUAAGGACACAAGACAUUUUUUGCUGUUUGUGUUCAAACACAAUUUGCAUCUCUGUCAUUUAUUGCACCAACACAUAUUAUACCUUUUUUUUUUUUUUUUUAGAGGGCUUUAAUUUGAUGUCACAUAUAACAUUUAACAUUCUCAUUAAUUAUACAAUUAAUUCUCAUUAUUUAUUUAAAAAAAAAAAUGCCAAAAAAACAUUUUCACAGUUUUGGCAAUAAUAGCGUGUGCAUAAUAUGUCCAGCUUAGAAAAAGUAAUUCAAAAUAAAUUCAUUUAUGUGUCUUGAUUUAUAGAGUACAUCAUAUGUAUAGGAUUUCAGCUUAUUUUGAAAGUUACAGGUCACAAAAUACAAGGACUAAAAUAAAAUUUCAAUUUGCAACAA